CCUCUCCCCCUCCCCCGGUGCUGCCCCCGGUUCCCCUCUCUCAGUACCGCGAGAGUUCGGGUUCCGGGGGCGGAGAGAAGUUCAGCGCAUGACCGAGAGCAGCGGCCCGGCAGGUAAGGACCGGAGACUCCGGUACCGGGAGAUGGCGGCGGAGUGCGGACUAAGUAACGGCGGCAGCCAUACCGGGCACCGACAUUCAUACCGGGCACCGACAGUAACAGCGGCGGCAGCCAUACCGGGCACCGACAGUAACAGCGGCGGCAGCCAUACCGGGCACCGACAGUAACAGCGGCGGCAGCCAUACCGGGCACCGACAGUAACAGCGGCGGCGGCAGCACCCCUGAUCUGACACCCCAAGCCCCGCACCUGCUGAUCUGACACUCCAACACCUGCCGCCCCCCUCCCCCCCUAAUAUAAUUCUCAGUUACCGCACCCGCUGAUCUGACACACAGUUACCCCCCGAGCUGUCCCUCACAAUUACCGCAGCCCUUUAUAGGAUACACCUUCACUCCAAACUCUGCACCCCCUAAGCGAACACCUCAAUUGCUGAUCACACACUAUGAGCUAACACCCCAAAAUACUGCACCCCAUACCCUGAGCCAACAGCCCUAAUACAUGCACCACCUGGCCUGAUAUACCUGUAUAGCCAUAACCUGAGCUAAAACCCCAAAUACUGCACCCAUUGAUCUAAUCACCCCCUCUAACAGUGACCAAGCAAGCCUAACAGAACCUGGUCCUCCUUAUCUGAUACAAAUGCACCCACUGAUCUAAUCACCCCCUCUAACAGAACCUGGCCCUCCUUAUCUGAUACAAAUGCACCCACUGAUCUAAUCACCCUCUCUAACAGAACCUGGCCCUCCUUAUCUGAUACAAAUGCACCCAAUGAUCUAAUCACCCCCUCUAACAGAACCUGGCCCUCCUUAUCUGAUACAAAUGCACCCACUGAUCUAAUCACCCCCUCUAACAGAACCUGGCCCUCCUUAUCUGAUACAAAUGCACCCAAUGAUCUAAUCACCCCCUCUAACAGAACCUGGCCCUCCUUAUCUGAUACAAAUGCACCCACUGAUCUAAUCACCCUCCCUAACAGAACCUGGCCCUCCUUAUCUGAUACAAAUGCACCCACUGAUCUAAUCACCCUCUCUAACAGAACCUGGCCCUCCUUAUCUGAUACAAAUGCACCCACUGAUCUAAUCACCCCCUCUAACAGAACCUGGCCCUCCUUAUCUGAUACAAAUGCACCCACUGAUCUAAUCACCCCCUCUAACAGUGACCAAGCAAGCCUAACAGAACCUGGCCCUCCUUAUCUGAUACAAAUGCACCCACUGAUCUAAUCACCCCCUUUAACAGUGACCAAGCAAGCCUAACAGAACCUGGCCCUCCUUAUCUGAUACAAAUGCACCCACUGAUCUAAUCACCCCCUAUAUUAGUGACCAAGCAAGCCUAACAGAACCUGGCCCUCCUUAUCUGAUACAAAUGCACCCACUGAUCUAAUCACCCUCUCUAACAGAACCUGGCCCUCCUUAUCUGAUACAAAUGCACCCACUGAUCUAAUCACCCUCUCUAACAGAACCUGGUCCUCCUUAUCUGAUACAAAUGCACCCACUGAUCUAAUCACCCUCUCUAACAGAACCUGGCCCUCCUUAUCUGAUACAAAUGCACCCACUGAUCUAAUCACCCCCUCUAACAGAACCUGGCCCUCCUUAUCUGAUACAAAUGCACCCAAUGAUCUAAUCACCCCCUCUAACAGAACCUGGCCCUCCUUAUCUGAUACAAAUGCACCCACUGAUCUAAUCACCUCCUAGCAGAACCUGGCCCACUCCUUAUCUUUGAUACAAAUGCCCACUGAUCUAAUGCCCCUCCUAACAGAACCUGGCCCUCCUUAUCUGAUACAAAUGCGCAAUGAUCUAAUGCACCCCCUCUAAGCAGAACCACAGCCCUCGCCCAUCUGAUACAAAUACUUACUGAUCUAAUCACCCCCUCUAACAGUGAGCAAGCAAGCCUAACAGAGCCUAGCCCUCCUUAUCUGAUACAAAUGCACUUACUGAUCUAAUCACCCCCCCUCCUAACAGAACCUGGCCCAUAACCCACAUCUGAUACGUACGCCCACUUCCCCAGUCUAAUCACCCUCUCUAACAGAACCUGGCCCUCCUUAUCUGAUACAAAUGCACCCACUGAUCUAAUCACCCCCUCUAACAGAACCUGGCCCUCCUUAUCUGAUACAAAUGCACCCACUGAUCUAAUCACCCUCUCUAACAGUGACCAAGCAAGCCUAACAGAACCUGGCCCUCCUUAUCUGAUACAAAUGCACCCACUGAUCUCACACACAUACCUCCAGUUUUGUUAUACAAGACCUUCACCUUGAUCUGAUUUCCCAACACUUUCACCGCACUGUUCUGAUACCCCAAACCUUCCAUUCUCUAAUACCCCACAAUCUGCAACUCUGAUAUCCUAAAACAUUUCACCUCAUAUGAUACCACAAGAUUGACACCCCCCAAUAUUCACCUCUACCGUCUGUUACGGAACAUGUUUGGACCUUCUCAGGUAUCUAUUACCUGCUUCUCCUUGAUGUCAUACCUCACCACAUGUUUCUUUCUUAACUCAUUUUCCAAUGUCCGCUCCCUCUGCCGUUACCCUAUUAUCUGACCCUCCCAGCUUGUAUAAGCCAAAAGUGUCCUAUCUCAAUUUGUAACCUAACACCCUUACAGCUCUUUGAUGUGAUACACUAGCACCUAUUCAUGUCUCUUAUCUAACACCCAAUUACCUGCUACCUGACCCCUAGCACCUUCCUCCCCCCCAUUAUUUGUUACCUGCUUCUCCUGAUUUAAUACACAGCGCUAGACACAUGUACAAAUCCCUUUCAACUGUGUCAACCUAUGGACAGACAAACUGUUUCAUUAGGUAAACACGAAUAAAUCUAUUUGUUCGAUGCAACUGAAAGGGAAUUGUGCAGUAAUCUACACAGUACCUGCCUCCCCAGCAAAUGUUUCCCCUGAUCUGAUACCCUAACAACUUCUCCUUAUUAGUUACUGACUCCCAAUCCUUCCUGAUAGGAUACCCUGGAAUCAGGUUUCCAUUUGUUACCUGUCAUCUGCUUCCAUAAUCUUAAACCCAUCACCUGCUUCCAUAAUCUUAAACCCAUCACCUGCUCCACUGAUCUUAAACCCAUCACCUGCUCCCCUGAUCUCAAACCCAUCACCUGCUCCCCUGAUCUCAAACCCAUCACCUGCUCCCCUGAUCUCAAACCCAUCACCUGCUCCCCUGAUCUCAAACCCAUCACCUGCUCCCAUAAUCUCAAACCCAUCACCUGCUCCCAUAAUCUCAAACCCAUCACCUGCUCCCAUAAUCUCAAACCCAUCACCUGCUCCCAUAAUCUCAAACCCAUCACCUGCUCCCAUAAUCUCAAACCCAUCACCUGCUCCCAUAAUCUCAAACCCAUCACCUGCUCCCAUAAUCUCAAACCCAUCACCUGCUCCCAUAAUCUCAAACCCAUCACCUGCUCCCAUAAUCUCAAACCCAUCACCUGCUUCCAUAAUCUCAAACCCAUCACCUGCUCCCAUAAUCUCAAACCCAUCACCUGCUUCCAUAAUCUCAAACCCAUCACCUGCUUCCAUAAUCUCAAACCCAUCACCUGCUUCCUCCUCGUCUAAAUCUCAGCACCUGCUAUGCUACACCAGAAUCAGUUUUUUCCAUUUGUUACCAAGCACCUGCUGUCCCUGAUCUGAAAUUCCAACACCUACGUCCUUAUUUCCAUUGUUUGUAUUAUCCCAGCACCUUCUUAAUAAUCCUAUAACCCACCCCUAGUACCUUCUAAACUAAUAGUCCACCACCUGCUUCCUCUUCAUCUAAUAACCCGCCUCCUGCUUUCUCCUGACCUAGAUUCCAACAACGUCUCCCACCUGAUCAAAAUCUAAGCACCUGCUCCCUCCUGGCCUAAUUCUUACCACUUGCUCACUCAAAAUGAAAGUUCCAGCACCUUCUCCUUCCUGAUCUCAAUCCCAGCACCAUGGUAUGUAAAUCUCAUUAUCUGCUCCCCUCUAAUCUUAUAACCCACCCCCUGCUCUCUCCUGAUCUAAUACCCACUCCUUGCACAGUCCUAGUGCAAUAACCCACCCUGACCCCUCCUACUCUAAUAAUCUACCACCUGCACCCUCUUAAUCUAAUAACCCACCACCUGCUCCCUACUAAUCUAAUAACUCACCAACUGCUCCCUACUAAUCUAAUAACCCACCACCUGCUCCCUAUUAAUCUAAUAACCCACCACCUGCACCCUCCUAAUCUUAUAACCCACCACCUGCACCCUCUUAAUCUAAUAACCCACCACCUGCUCCCUAUUAAUCUACUAACCCACCACCUGCUCCCUAUUAAUCUAAUAACCCACCACCUGCUCCCUAUUAAUCUAAUAACCCACCACCUGCUCCCUCCUAAUCUAAUAACCCACCACCUGCUCCCUCCUAAUCUUAUAACCCACCACCUGCUCCCUCUUAAUCUUAUAACCCUUCACCUGCUCCCUCCUACUCUAACAAUCUACCACCUGCACUCUUUUAAUCUAAUAAUCCACCACCUGCACCCUCCAUCUAAUAACCCUCCACCUCCUCCCUAUUAAUCUAAUAACUCACCACCUGCUCCCUCCUAAUCUAAUAAUCUACUACCUGCACCCUCCAUCUAAUAACCCACCACUCCCUCCCUAUUAAUCUAAUAACGCACCACCUGCUCCCUCCUAAUCUAAUAACCCACCACCUGCUCCCUCCUAAUCUAAUAACCCACCACCUGCUCCCUCUUAAUCUUAUAACCCUUCACCUUCUCCCUCUUACUCUAAUAACCCACCACCUGCUCCCUACUAAUCUAAUAACCCACCACCUGCUCCCUCCUAAUCUAAUAACCCACCACCUGCUCCCUCCUAAUCUAAUAACCCACCACCUGCUCCCUCCUAAUCUUAUAACCCACCACCUGCUCCCUCCUAAUCUUAUAACCCUUCACCUGCUCCCUCUUACUCUAAUAACCCACCACCUCCUCCCUCCUAAUCUAAUAACCCACCAACUGCUCCCUAUUAAUCUAAUAACUCACCAACUGCUCCCUACUAAUCUAAUAACCCACCACCUGCCCCCUCCCAAUCUAAUAACCCACCACCUGCCCCCUCCCAAUCUAAUAACCCACCAUCUGCUCCCUAUUAAUCUAAUAACUCACAAACUGCUCCCUACUAAUCUAAUAACCCACCACCUGCCCCCUCCCAAUCUAAUAACCCACCAUCUGCUCCCUAUUAAUCUAAUAACUCACCAACUGCUCCCUACUAAUCUAAUAACCCACCACCUGCUCCCUAUUAAUCUAAUAACCCACCACCUGCUCCCUCCUAAUCUAAUAACCCACCACCUGCUCCAUCCUAAUCUAAUAACCCACCACCUGCUCCAUCCUAAUCUAAUAACCCACCACCUGCUCCAUCCUAAUCUAAUAACCCACCACCUGCUCCAUCCUAAUCUAAUCACUCACCACCUUCUCCAUCCUAAUCUAAUCACCCACCACCUGCUCCAUCCAAAUCGAAUAACUCACCACCUUCUCCAUCCUAAUCUAAUAAUUAACCACCUGCUCCAUCCUAAUCUAAUAACCCACCACCUGCUCCCUCCUAAUCUAAUAACCCACCAUGAGCCCAUGACAUGAUCAUUGUUUAGGUGGUAGACAAUCCCAUAAAUAAAGUUUCAUUCAGAGGAACUUUCACAUCUAGAGAAGUCACCGUUUCUUUUCCUUCACCGUAGUAAAUGCUAAUGCUCUUUUACUGGGGUGAAUAAAACAGAGGCGGUAAAUUAAAAAAGCGUACUUACCUCCACUGCUGUGUUGCUAUGACUUUGCCCCCUUGGAAGGCCUAGAGUGCACUCUGCCCAUUAAAAUAUUUAAAGUAAACCUGAUGUGUUUGUUUUAGUUUUAAAUUCUAGCUUUUCAUUUUAUUUUUUAUUUUCCCUGUAUGUAUCGCAUUUUAACAUCAUUGUGUAAAUGUAUUUGCUGCCUUCCCAUUAUUAUUUGUAAAGGCAUUUCUGUCUGGUUGCAUUAUCAGAAAGCCUAUUGGAUUGGUAUGGCUACGUCAUUUUAUUGAAGGGCAUUCAACCGUCAAAUCACUUACGCAAAGUACCGGUAACUCAUUUACAUUUAGACUCUGCUUCAGUAUGUAUUCCGAAAGGAGGGUCAUAAGAUAAAAUAAUACCUUCUUACCAUAGAAAUAACUUUAUAUAGCCAAACAGACCGAUUGAGGAAACCUCUAUGGUCUUUUUGUUUUUAAGCAUAGUCUUUCUACACCCUUGUUCUUUUCUGGACCCGCUUAGCAUCACACAGCGUCUGGUGCCUGUGUGACCUUUUCUUGUCUGUGUAUUCUCUAUAACUUUGCCCACUGAACUUGGAGUCCCUGUUCUCUUUCGCAUUCUGACCCUAGUUCAGCUUUAUCUAUCUGCAAUCUUUCUUAGCAGAUAUGGCAAACUCCACCGGUACAAGGAGAUAUUUCCCCAGGACCAGCAAAUCUCGAGCGACCUUCCAGCUCAGCGUCCAUCCUUCUCAGGAUUCUUCAAACUGUCCAGCCAAUGCCCGCAGACAAGGUUAGAAGCUUUAUAUCAUAAACAUUUAUAGGGACGCACAUGGCUAUAGGAAGUUGGGGGGUGAAAUAUAUAGUGGGGAAUAAGAAUGGUAACAUCCCCCAGUCAUGAUGGUGUAGCUUUUAAAAUCAUGUGUAAGUUUCGAAAAACAAAACAUUUGACAGAACUUUACUAAUUUCAACCAAUAGUUUUUAAAAAAAAAUUACAUUUCAAGCAGGUUGUAGUGGUUAUGACGCUUGCAGAAUGCCUUUAAACUUUUUGAGCACCUUUCAUCCAAUCCCUUGGCACGUGGAGGAUUAGAUGCAAAUUAUCAGUUAAAAAGAAAGUAGCAAUUUUAGCAUCAAUAACAUUAAAGAGGAUUAGUCAUGUCUCUGAAGUUGACAUUUCAUUAUUCCGUUACUCCAGAAAAAUGCAGUUUGUAUGGUGGGGUAAGUGUGAAGCACACUUACCUCCUUAAGAUUCUAUGGUGCUGGCAAAGUCAACCACCUAUGAUGCUGCAUGGUACCAUGGGUGUUAAAUAAAUUUACAUUGUGUGCUUUUUCUGUGCCAGGCCAGUCUUCCAUACAAUGUAAUUAAAGGAACACUGGUAAUACAACACACUUUAUGUAUUCCUAUAUAGUGUUCUAGUGACGAUUUAGAUUCUGUCCCCCCAAAGAAUUAAUUAAAAAAAAGUUUUAUUCAUCUUUAUUCCCUGUCACUUUGGUUUCCAUGUGGUCGCCUUACCUGCCCAGCUGAGAUCAUCAAUACUGAUGACCUCAGGUAAACCAAUGCACCAUUCCUAUAGACUGUAAACGUGUUUGAGCAGUGUCCUCUUCAACCUAUCGUUCCUGUAAGUUUUCUUGUAAUUGUCCUAUUUAUAGUUAAAUCCCCCCUCUCAUAAUAUUCUAAAGCGCUACGGAAUCUGUUGGCGCAAUAUAAAUGGCAAUAAUAAUAAUAAUCUUCUCCUCAUAGAGAUGCAUUGAGUCAGUGCAUCUCCAUGACUAGUGUUCAGAGUCUCCAUGCAGAGUGUGGAGACAUUGAAAGUCAGUCCUUCAAUCUCUGCAGGACUGAACCCAGGAAGUCCCUCUAGUGCUUGUCGUAAUGAACGUGAAGCUAUUUUCUCAGAAAAGGCGGCGUUUACAUAACUGAGCUUGCAAGGACAGGCUAUAUGCCCAAGAUCCAACACAUUAAGCUGUAGGGAUUCUAAGGACUAUAGUGUCCCUUAAAAAAAACUAAUUUCAUUUACAGGAGCCUGUUAUGCUAGGUUCAACAGCUCCCAAACCAACAAAUAUGUAACUUUAAAAAUUAAUUAUAUAUAUAUUUAAUUGCUGUGGGAGUUUUUAUUUACUUACUAACCUGCUGCCCUUUGCUAGAUUACUGCCAUUUUCAUGGAUAAUAUACUGUUCUAACACCCACCCUCAGAUCCUGUCUUCCUCCCUCUGAACAGCGAAUGGCCAUAAUGGAAGACACGUCCCCAAGCAGGGCAAUACAUCUCGAUGAUGACGGCAUUCUGGCCUCAGUGCCAGAACAUUAGCGAGAAAAUUGAGUGACAUCAGUCUCUCCCUACUUAUAUUCCAUGAACAGGAGAACCCCCUGAGGGAGAGUCCUUUAUUUCUACCCUGUCAUUCAACCCUUGCUUUAGACCUGUAUGCCACCAGCUAGAAAGGUCUAUUCCAAGAGCUGAUUGACAAGUGGGGGAGGGCCCAACAUUUUAAAAACCUUUCAAUUAAAAUGUAUACAUUAGCUAGCAAAAUGUUAAGAUCAAAGGCAGCCCAAAAUGUAGAUCUAUAGAUGUUGUAGAACUACAACGCCCAUAAUGCUUUGCAUGCUUUAAGAAUGCAUUUAGAAUGGCAAAGCAUCAUGGAAGAUGUAGUUGUAUAAACAUCUGGGCACCUACCCUUUGGCCACCCCUGGUUUAGAUGCUAUUUAAUGCUCUUUCAUUUAAAUAAGUGUGUAUUAUUUUAGUUGACUUGGAUUGUACUACAAUGAAACAAGUGACUAUUUGACUUUUUAGCUUUUAAAAAAAAAAAAUCUGAAAGCCCUCAAAUUAUUUUUAGUUCUCAGAUCUCCUCUUCUCGUUACAGGGUGACGAAAAAUAGGGAUCCCUCUGGAGCAACUUCAAAGAGACACUCCAUCUCUGCCUUUAGCAUAUUACUCCUACACUAUGGCAGGGGUGUGAGCAUGCUUUGAAAUCGUACCAAAGGGAUCCCCACACUUCCGUCAGCCUUAUGGAAAGCAUGCACAGCAUGUCCUCUAAUGUUCGUUUGCAACGGGAAAGCGGAAUGGAAAAUCUCAGAAGUAAUAUAUUGGCGUUUAUUACUGUAUACAUAGCCUAUGUAAAUUUUGGCAUUAGCUAACUUUCCUCAUUAACCCAUUGUUAAUUACAUUUCUGGUGGAAGAUGUUCAAAUAGCUAUAGAUAUUAUAGAUAUUAAUGCAACUUUUUGUGAAAGGCUCUUAUUGUGCCACUAGUGAUUACAGUGCAAGUAUAGAUUAUAAAGUGAUAUGUACAUUGUUGGUAUGAUCUGCAUGUUGCUAGGAACUUGUAAUAAUUUUUAGGAUUUAUUUUUCACCUAGGCUACUUAGGAAGUUUGCCAAAUCGUUAAUGUUUAACUAAAAUGCUAAUCCAUACUGGAAUGGUUGUACUCAGGCCAACUCUAUUGCUGGGCAUCAGUGGCGCUGGCAUUUGGGUUCCACACUUGACCAGUAAACAAAAAAGUAAAAAUAGCCGCACUCAUAUAAUACCCCAUACAUUUUGACAUGGAAGUUUAUUGAUCCAUUUGUUUAUACGUGGCAGUAAAGCAGACCGUAAUAUAUAAACAGACAGUAAAAAACAGGCCGACAAACUAAAAAUGGACGCGUUGUGCCUCUAACACUGGCACUUCCUCAGUAGUAUUCUGCUUUCUCCACUGACAAACUGCACAGGAGGAUAUACUUACAUGGAUGCAUGAUCAGUAAGCUGAUUGUAGCCGUGGUUUAAGUACUAAUAGUUUAGGGAGGAGAUCCAUUCAUCUCAUCUGGUAAAUGGAACUGCUGCUUAGUGCUGGACUAUGUAUACUCCUGUUAGAGCAUCAGAAUUGACUGAGUCGUUUCCCGGCUAGGGCAUAGCUUACUGCAGAAGCUGCAAUCCAUAAGGAUAUGCAGCAAACACAACAAUGUAUAAGGUGAAUAUAUUUUUAUUAUACAGCUGUGCUCAAAAGUUUGCAUACCCUGGGAGAAAUGGUGAAAUUUGGCAUUGAUUUUGGAAAUAUGACUGAUCAUUCCCAAGAAAUUAUUUUAUUAAAAGAUAGUGAUCAGAAGAAGCCAUUUAUUAUAACAUAGUUUUUUGGCUAUCCUAAUGAAAACAGAAAUCACCCUAAUGGCCCUGAUCAAAAGUUUACAUACUCUUGAAUGUUUGGCCUUGUUACAGACAUACAAGGUGACACACACAGAUUAAAAUGGCAAUUAAAGGUUAAACCUCUGGCUUUUUAAAUUGCAAUUAGUGUCUGUGUAUAAAUAGUCAAUGAGUUUGUUAGCUCUCAUGUGGAUGCACUGAGCAGGCUAGAUACUGAGCCAUGGGAAGCAUAAAAGAACUGUCAAAAGACCUGCGUAACAAGGUAAUGGAACUUUAUAAAGAUGAAAAGGAUAUAAAAAGAUAUCCAAAGCCUUGAAAAUGCCAGUCAGUACUGUUCAAUAACUUAAGAAGUGGAAAAUUCAGGGAUCUCUUGACACCAAACCAAGGUCAGGUAAACCAAGAAAGGUUUCAGCCACAACUGCCAGAAAAUUGCUCAGGAUACAAAGACAAACCCACAGGUAACCUCAGGAGAAAUACAGGCUGCUCCGGAAAAAGUUGGUGGUGGUGUUUCACGGUCGUGUUGCCAGAAAGAAGCCUUUACUGCACCAAUGCCACAAAAAAAAAGGUUACAAUAUUCCCGACAACACGUUGACGCCCCUCACAGCUUCUGGCACACUGUAAUUUUGUGUGACGAGACCAAAAUAGAGCUUUAUGGUAACAACCAUAAGAGCUAUGUUUGUAGAGACGUCAACAAGCCUAUAGUGAAAAGAAUUUCAUCCCCACUGUGAAGCAUGGUUUGUGGCUCACUGAUGUUUUGGGGAGGUGUGAGCUCUUAAGGCACAGGGAAUCUUGUGAAAAUUGAUGGCAACAUGAAUGUAGCAUGUUAUGAGAAAAUACUGGCAGACAAUUUGCAUUCUUCUGCACAAAGGCUGUCAUGGACUUUCCAGCAUGACAAUGACGCUCUAGUGGUUACAGCAGAAAAAGGUGAAGGUUCUGGAGUGGCCAUCACAGUCUCCUGACCUUAAAGGGACACUGUAGGCACCCAGACCACUUCAGCUAAUUGAAGUAGUCCGGGUGCUGUGACCCUUUUGCAUUUAGUGCUGCAGUGUAAAACAUUCCAGAGAGUUCCAGAGAACUGCAAUGUGACGAGAGCAAUUCUCGCCACAUUGCAUUGGAGAAGCCUGGUUGCUCGCCUGUUGCCUUUGGAUUAUGGCCCCAUGUUAAAAGGCUUGAUUUUCCCCUGCAAAGACAAGACAGCCGGGUCAUUUGGUGCUUGCCCUGUUUGAGCAGUGAUACCCCAGAUAGCUAUGCCAUGGAGCCCAUUCGUAUAAUGAAAGACUAUGGGAAAGACUUUGGCUCCAUGGCAAUUGAACUGUAUGUGUGUGCUCUGAGCGCCAUUCAGUAAUAAUGUGCGCUUAGACCUAAGCUAUCUGGGCAUAUGUUGCAUGUCUGUAUUUUAUGUCAUAAAUGUAACAUUGUGUAUUUUAUUGUAUUUUACUGUCUUUUUGCUGCCAUGUGUUCAAUGGAGUUUUGCCUCUGUCUUUGGAGAUAAUUGGAUUACUUCUAAUUAUCUCCAGGAUAGAAGACUCUGUGGAACUGGUUUUGGGCAGAAAAGCCAUGCUUCCUGUGGUCACAAAGGACUACGAUCUAUCUUUUGAACCACUGGACCAAUUUGUAUGAUUGUGAUGUAUGUUUGUAUUUGCAGUAUGCUGAUUCUGAAAUGUGAAUGUGAUGCAUACUUUUCAAGUUAUGAAUAAUGUGGAAAAAUUGUAUUUCUCUGCUUGUGCUAAAUUACAUUACCCAUUGUGUAAGGUAAUUGUAUCACAGGCAGAGGGGAGGAAUUUGUGUGGGAGUGUCUGAGUGUAUUAUAUGUGUUUAUUGGUUGUGUUCCAAAACCCUGUGGGUGGUACUAAUGUGUAAGAAUGUGUACAUAAGCACAAUAAACCCACAGCUUUGUCUGUUCACUGCUUGACCCUCAACACGGAGCUUUGUCUCGUUCUUGGGGGGAUUUAUUCUAUGCUGUUCCAGUUCGAUUGCUAGGAGUGUAAACCUAUUCAUAUGGUUUUUCCUAUUUGGCUGUUUACAGCAUUUGUAUGGUUUCCUGUUCGGCGGAUUGGUGUUCUGCAGUAGCUGUGCCUGCAUCUCUGGAAGGGGACGAUCGCCUAAACCGUUUUUACCCCUUGUGUGCAAAACGGUCCAUUACAUGCAAUAUUUACAUUUUCCUCACGGACCUCCAGCGUCAGAUUUUCCCCGUAGGAAAGCAUUGUAUAAUGCUUCCCUGUGGGGAGGUAUUAUGCACACGCGGCCAUUGCUGUGCAUGCGCAUCAGGUCUCCCCUGCUGACGUUGGUAGGGAGGAGCGUGGGCGGAGCAUGACCCUAUAGUGCCAGGAAAACAGGUUUGUUUAUGAUCCAUUUAAUAUCAUCGAGCCACCCUGGGGAGAUCUCAAACGUGCGGUUCAUACAACACGACCAACUACUUUGCAUGACCUGGAGGCAUUUUGCAAAGACGAAUGUGCAGCUAUACCACCUGCAAGAAUUAGGGGCCUCAUAGACAACUAUUACAAAAGACUGCAUGUGGUCAUUGAUGCUAAAUGUUUUUGAGCUCAACUGUAUAUUGUAUAGCACAAACUUAUUUAAAACCUCCAGAUAGAUAGCUGAUUAUGAGAGGUUGAUAUCAUGAGUUUUGCAGUUUGGCUAUUUUGGGGCGCAAUUCACAAUUUAGUGAAUACAUCCAUUUAUACUUUUCCCUUACAACUUUUCAUAUAAUCCAAGGCAGUUAUCGGCACGAAUAUUAAAAAUGAUUUCCCUUUAUGUGUUUUUACAUGCCUCUUAAAGUCAUAUUAUUUGGCUCGUAAUUGGAGCGAAGUAAAUUAGCUGAAGAGCUAGAUUACCUCUCGAGUGCUCGGUGGAAUAAUUAAAAUAAUUGGAAAAGACAAACAAACAAGCGUUUAUUGAGACAGUCGAAGGGAUUUUUUAAAUCUUUAUAUUUAGGUUUAAAGGCAAACAACAAAAUACCAUAGAAGGCAAAAGAGACAACAUGUGUUAACAGUAAUUCGUGCCUAGUCAUCAAAAAGAGAAGGCCCUAAUGUAAACAUGUGUUGGGAAUAUAGCUAGGGUUUCCACAACCACCAUGUUUCACUGAACGCAUAUCACUUCAUGUUAUUUGGCAACACGUGAAAAAAGAUUCCUCACCGGCAGCAUUUGAAUUGUACAUACUGCAGGGCAGCACUCUCCACAUGCUGCCAAUCAGUAUGCAUAGGUGACAUGACCCUGGAAAUCAUGGCAGAUAUGGGAGACUUACAUACAUUAGAUGAGAGAUUAGGGGUUUAUCGGAAUAACAAUAUUAUGGACUGGAAGAAAGGAAGUGGACCAAUAAUAAGUAAAUAGCUGUGGGAAUACAAAUACGGAUUCUUACGCUAUACUGUUCAACCCUGUAGAGGGCACCUAAAUUAAAUUUUAGGAAAGGGAAAAAAAUGCAUUUAAUCCAGUACUUCCCUAUGAUCAGUUUAAGAGGGCGUUUGACAUUGUCAUGUAAUGUGUGAAGACAUCGAAAGUCACAUAACCGAAAUCUGACGCUGUUAUAGCAGCAGAAGCAUCUCUAACGGCCAUCAGCCACUAAUGGUGUUACAUAGUUACAUAGUUACAUAGCUGAAAAGAGACUUGCGUCCAUCAAGUUCAGCCUUCCUCACAUUUGUUUUUUGCUGUUGAUCCAAAAGAAGGCAAAAAAAACAAACAGUUUGAAGCACAAUUUUGCAACAAGCUAGGAAAAAAAUUCCUUCUUGACCCCAGAAUGGCAGUCAGAUUUAUCCUUGGAUCAAGCAGUUAUUAUCCUACAUUGAAAGAUUAUAUCCUUGAAUAUUCUGUUUUUGCAAGUAUGCAUCUAGUAGCUGUUUGAACAUCUGUAUGGACUCUGAUAAAACCACUUCUUCAGGCAGAGAAUUCCACAUCCUGAUUGUUCUUACAGUAAAAAAACCUUUCCUUUGCCUUUGCCUUUGCCAUAGCUCUGCAAUGAAAAUAUCUCAGAAAUUGCAGUGUUUGACUUAGUAAGACCAAAAUUUACAGAGCCACUACACCAAGACCACUGCAUGGGGAUGAAAAAGUCUGGGUGCCUAUAGUUUCCCCAUAAAUACUAAAUAGUAGCAAAAUAGUGCUGGAGAAAACAGAAAAAUUCACAGGAUUAUUUACUAAAGUUCGAAUUUUCAUAAAUUAAAGUUUUAAUGUUAAAAUUUACUCAAAAACAAUUGAUCUGUAAAAUUCUCCAGUUCAGCCAUAGUCACAUAGGCAUUUUUUUUGCUUUUAGGAUUAAAUGUGAAAAUUCUGAAUUUAGUAAAUAUUCUGUUACUGUUACUUCUGGACCACCAAAAUUACCAAAGCUUUUACAGCCCCCCAUUUGUGUCAAGACAUGUACUAAACACAGGAAUCAUGGAAAGGGAAAUUUAAGUGCAAAAUAAUCAUGCAAAUGUUCCAGUUUGAUUCUUUUAGACAAAUAUUUAGCAUUUCUCAAAUCAGAUAUAGAAGAGUUUAGUGAAUAAACCCCUGCAAAUAAGACUGGAUUUCUUAUGGAACCCACAGCUGUGUAGAGAGACAUUUAAAGAUUAUUCUACACCCAUGUUUUGUCCGCAGUGAUUAUAUCAGCCUCUUAAAGGACCACUGUCACCUGAAAAUGUAUUUUAAUAGCAAAGUUUAAAAAACUAAUGCAAACAGACUAAUAUUAUUUUCAAACUAAAGUUUAGUUUGAAUUACCACUUGAAUAUAUGUCAGCUUUUGAGUGUGGUGGCAGCCAUCUUACGAUUGCAUCAAAUUGCUUCAGUCUCUAGUCUGGUUUAACACGCGGGUAUUUCUGACUGCAAAGUGGUUUGGUCACACGGGUGGUGUGUCAUUGUGCCAGCCAUGGUGACCAUGAUGUUUGACGAGUAAGAUUUUAAAGUCUUACUGAUACUGAGAUUUAUUUCCUUAGGAGAAUCUUCAAGCCAGGGUUUGGCACAGAGCAGAUACCCAAGGACAGAGACCCGUGAAAUGCAAAUUAUACCGGUAAUGAGCCUGUCUUAUAAAAGGGAUAAUGGGUAUAAUUAUAUAACCUUUAGAGAAGCUCUCAUUGUCUCUUGAUGAUAUAUUAUCCAGACAAAAACUAUAGUUCAACCAAGUGUAAUAUAAACUGCAGGUUUUCUCCCCCCAGAAAUAGUUAAUCACCAAUCCCUCAUGUUUCCUUUAUUCCCACUGAUCCCCUCUCUUCUUCCCCUCUGUCUGAUCCCCUAUUGUCCCUCCACCUCACACAGACCAUGUGUCCUCCCAUUGCCCCUCACUAACUUCCUGUUUCCCUCACUAACCAUCUCUCAGGCUGCUCUAAUUGGUCAGUGGAAGGAGAUGUUUAAGACACGGACUCGGGUAAAGUGUCCCAGCUCCGGUUGUUGGCGAGAAUUUCCCACUGUGUACAGCUUGAAACAACAUUACCAGCGCUGCCAGGGGGUGAGUACCUACCUUCCUUACUUUAUAUUAAUUAGCGCUGCCAGGGGGUGAGUACCUACCUUCCUUACUUUAUAUUAAUCAGCGCUACCAGGGGGUGAGUACCUACCUUUCUUACUUUAUAUUAGUCAGUGCUGCCAGGGAGUGAGUGAGUACCUACCUUCCUUACUUUAUAUUAAUCAGCGCUGCCAGGGGGUGAGUAAGUACCUAACUUCCUUACUUUAUAUUAGUUAGUGCGGCCAGGGGGUGAGGGAGUACCUACAUUCCUUACUUUAUAUUAGUCAACGCUGCCAGGGGGUGAGGUAGUACCUACCUUCCUUACUUUACAUUAGUCAGUGCUGCCAAGGGGUGAGGGAGUACCUACCUUUCUUACUUUAUAUUAGUCAGCGCUGCCAGGGGGUGAGUGAGUACCUACCUUCCUUACUUUAUAUUAAUCCGCGCUGCCAGGGGGUGAGUAAGUACCUACCUUCCUUACUUUAUAUUAAUCUGCGCUGCCAGGGGGUAAGUGAGUACCUACCUUCCUUACUUUAUAUUAGUUAGUGCGGCCAGGGGGUGAGGGAGUACCUACAUUCCUUACUUUAUAUUAGUCAGCGCUGCCAGGGGGUGAGGGAGUACCUACCUUCCUUACUUUAUAUUAGUCAGUGCUGCCAGGGGGUGAGGGAGUACCUACCUUCCUUACUUUAUAUUAGUCAGUUCUGCCAGGGGGUGAGGGAGUACCUACCUUCCUUACUUUAUAUUAGUUAGUGCUGCCAGGGGGUGAGGGAGUACCUACUUUCCUUACUUUAUAUUAGUAGUCAGCGCUGCCAGGGGGUGAGGGAGUACCUACCUUCCUUACUUUAUAUUAGUCAGUGCUGCCAGGGGGUGAGAGAGUACCUACCUUCCUUACUUUAUAUUAGUCAGUGCUGCCAAGGGGUGAGAGAGUACCUACCUUCCUUACUUUAUAUUAGUCAGUGCUGCCAGGGGGUGAGAGAGUACCUACCUUCCUUACUUUAUAUUAGUCAGUGCUGCCAAGGGGUGAGAGAGUACCUACCUUCCUUACUUUAUAUUAGUCAGUGCUGCCAGGGGGGGAGUACCAACCUUCCUUACUUUAUAUUAGUUAGUGUUGCCAGGGGGUGAGUGAGUACCUACCUUCCUUACUUUAUAUUAGUCAGCGCUGCCAGGGGGUUAGGGAGUACCUACCUUUCUUACUUUAUAUUAGUUAUUGCUGCCAGGGGGUGAGGGAGUACAUACCUUCCUUAUUUUAUAUUAGUCAGCGCUGCUAGGGGGUGAGAGAGUACCUACCUUCCUUACUUUAUAUUAGUCAGCGCUGCCAGGGGGUGAGGGAGUACCUACUUUCCUUACUUUAUAUUAGUCAGUGCUGCCAGGGGAUGAGGGAGUACCUACCUUCCUUACUUUAUAUUAUUCAGCGCUGUCAGGGGGUGAGGGAGUACCUAACUUCCUUACUUUAUAUUAGUCAGCGCUGCCAGGGGGUGAGGAAGUACCUACCUUCCUUACUUUAUAUUAGUCAGUGCUGCCAGGGGGUGAGGGAGUACCUACCUUCCUUACUUUAUAUUAGUUAGUGCUGCCAGGGGGUGAGGGAGUACCUACAUUCCUUACUUUAUAUUAGUCAGCGCUUCCUUACUUUAUAUUAGUCAGUGCUGCCAGGGGGUGAGAGAGUACCUACCUUCCUUACUUUAUAUUAGUCAGUGCUGCCAAGGGGUGAGAGAGUACCUACCUUCCUUACUUUAUAUUAGUCAGCGCUGCCAGAGGGUGAGGGAGUACCUACCUUCCUUACUUUAUAUUAGUUAGUGCUGCCAGGCGGUGAGUGAGUACCUACCUUCCUUACUUUAUAUUAGUCAGUGCUGCCAGGGGGUGAGGGAGUACCUACCUUCCUUACUUUAUAUUAGUCAGUGCUGCCAGGGGGUGAGGGAGUACCUACCUUCCUUACUUUAUAUUAGUCAGCGCUGCCAGGGGGUGAGGGAGUACCUACCUUCCUUACUUUAUAUUAGUCAGUGCUGCCAGGGGGUGAGGGAGUACCUACCUUCCUUACUUUAUAUUAGUCAGCACUGCCAGGGGGUGAGGGAGUACCUACCUUCCUUACUUUAUAUUAGUUAGUGCUGCCAGGGGGUGAGGGAGUACCUACAUUCCUUACUUUAUAUUAGUCAGCGCUUCCUUACUUUAUAUUAAUCAGCGCUGCCAGGGGGUGAGUGAGUACCUACCUUCCUUACUUUAUAUUAGUUAGUGCUGCCAGGGGGUGAGGGAGUACCUACAUUCCUUACUUUAUAUUAUUCAGCGCUGCCAGGGGGUGAGGGAGUACCUACCUUCCUUACUUUAUAUUAGUCAGUGCUGCCAGGGGGUGAGGGAGUACCUACCUUCCUUACUUUAUAUUAGUCAGUGCUGCAAGGGGGUUAGGGAGUACCUACCUUCCUUACUUUAUAUUAGUUAGCACUGCCAGGGGGUGAGGGAGUACCUACCUUCCUUACUUUACAUUAGUCAGUGCUGCCAGGGGGUGAGGGAGUACCUACCUUCCUUACUUUAUAUUAAUCAGUGCUGCAAGGGGGUUAGGGAGUACCUACCUUCCUUACUUUAUAUUAGUCAGCACUGCCAGGGGGUGAGGGAGUACCUACCUUCCUUACUUUAUAUUAGUCAGCGCUACCUUCCUUACUUUAUAUUAGUCAGCACUGCCAGGGGGUGAGGGAGUACCUACCUUCCUUACUUUAUAUUAGUCAGUGCUGCCAGGGGGUGAGGGAGUACCUACCUUCCUUACUUUACAUUAGUCAGUGCUGCCAGGGGGUGAGGGAGUACCUACCUUCCUUACUUUAUAUUAAUCAGUGCUGCAAGGGGGUUAGGGAGUACCUACCUUCCUUACUUUAUAUUAGUCAGCGCUGCCAGGGGGUGAGGGAGUACCUACCUUCCUUACUUUAUAUUAGUCAGCGCUGCCAGGGGGUGAGGGAGUACCUACCUUCCUUACUUUGUAUUAGCCAGUGCUGCCAGGGCGUGAGGGAGUACCUACCUUCAUUACUCUGUACUAGUCUGUGUAGCCAGAGGGUGAGUGAGUACUUAGCUUCCUUACGCAGUACUAGUCAGUGCUGCCAGGGAUUAGUAUACAGUAGUCUUUCUUAUUCUGUGAUACUCAGUGCUGCCUAGGAGUGAAACACUAAACUUGCCACACACAAGUUUCCUGUUCUGUGUUUGUGUUGGUCACUGCGCUGUCUCUUUCUCCUCCAGGUCGGGCUCUCUUUCCGUUUGCGAUUCUCCUGUCCAUACUGCGAAGCGGUUUUUGUCUCCAAGUCACAGCUGCAAAAACAUCUGGUUUGGAAUCAUUCAGACAGGGGGGGCAACCGAGAGCAAAGACCAAAACAGUCUGCAUUCAACAGUGGGGGGAAAGAGAGGUGCAAUGGGGUACCCCUAUAAAACAAAACACUGUAAACCACUGAUAGGCAUAUAGGGAGUGAGGAUUGUCUGUAAACAGUCUGUGUCUGUAUACAUUGCAGGACAUAGGGCACAGCAGAAAUUAGACUAUUCACAGUGUCAGUGUAAGGGGUUUUACAAUGUAUGUAGGAUGAGUCCGUUAGUGUCAGUAGGGGGUAUAGCAAUAUAUGUAGUAUAAGUCUGUUAGUGUCAAUAGGGGGUAUAGCAAUAUAUGUAGUAUAAGUCCGUUAGUGUCAGUAGGGGGUAUAGCAAUAUAUGUAGUAUAAGUCUAUUAGUGUCAGUGGGGGGUAUAGCAAUGUAAGCAGGAUGAGUCAGUUAGUGUCAGUGGGGGGUAUAGCAAUGUAUGUAGGAUGAGUCCGUUAGUGUCAGUAGGGGGUAUAGCAAUAUAUGUAGUAUAAGUCUGUUAGUGUCAAUAGGGGAUAUUGCUAUGUAUGUACGAUGAUUCUAUUAUUGUCAGUAGGGGGUAUAGCUUUGUAUGUACGAUGAUUCUAUUAGAGUCAGUAGGGGGUAUAGCUAUGUAUGUAGGAUGAGUCUAUUAGUGUCAGUAGGGGGUAUAGCAAUGUAUGUAGGAUGAGUCAAUUAAUGUCAGUAGGGGGUAUAUCAAUGUAUGUAGGAUGAGUCAAUUAAUGUCAGUAGGGGGUAUAUCAAUGUAUGUAGGAUUAGUCUAUUAGUGUCAGUAGGAGGUAUAGCAAUGUAUGUAGGAUGAGUCUGUUAGUGUCAGUAGGAGGUAUAGCAAUGUAUGUAGGAUGAGUCCAUUAGUGUCAGUAGGGGGUAUAGCAAUGUAUGUAGGAUGAGUCAAUUAAUGUCAGUAGGAGGUAUAGCAAUGUAUGUAGGAUGAGUCAAUUAAUGUCAGUAGGGGGUAUAUCAAUGUAUGUAGAAUGAGUCAAUUAGUGUCAGUAGGGGUAUAGCAAUGUAUGUAGGAUGAGUCUAUUAGUGUCAGUAGUGGGUAAAGCAAUGUAUGUAGGAUGAGUCUAUUAAUGUUAGUAGGGAGUAUAGCAAUGUAUGUAGGAUGAAUCUAUGAUUGUCAGUAGGGGGUAUAUCAAUGUAUGUAGGAUGAGUCAAUUAAUGUCAGUAGGAGGUAUAGCAAUGUAUGUAGGAUGAGUCAAUUAAUGUCAGUAGGGGGUAUAUCAAUGUAUGUAGAAUGAGUCAAUUAAUGUCAGUAGGGGGUAUAGCAAUGUAUGUAGGAUGAGUCAUUUAAUGUCAGUAGUGGGUAAAGCAAUGUAUGUAGGAUGAGUCUAUUAAUGUUAGUAGGGAGUAUAGCAAUGUAUGUAGGAUGAAUCUAUGAUUGUCAGUAGGGGGUAUAUCAAUGUAUGUAGGAUGAGUCAAUUAAUGUCAGUAGGUGGUAUAGCAAUGUAUGUAGGAUGAGUCAAUUAAUGUCAGUAGGGGGUAUAUCAAUGUAUGUAGGAUGAGUCAAUUAAUGUCAGUAGGGGGUAUAUCAAUGUAUGUAGGAUGAGUCUGUUAGUGUCAGUAGGGGGUAUAGCAAUGUAUGUAGGAUGAGUCAAUUAAUGUCAGUAGUGGGUAUAGCAAUGUAUGUAGUAUAAGUCUGUUAGUGUCAAUAGGGGAUAUUGCUAUGUAUGUAGUAUAAGUCUGUUAGUGUCAAUAGGGGGUAUAGCUAUGUAUGUACGAUGAUUCUAUUAGUGUCAGUAGGGGGUAUAGCUAUGUAUGUAGGAUGAGUCUAUUAGUGUCAGUAGGAGGUAUAGCAAUGUAUGUAGGAUGAGUGUAUUAGUGUCAGUAGGGGGUAUAGCAAUGUAUGUAGGAUGAGUCAAUUAAUGUCAGUAGGGGGUAUAUCAAUGUAUGUAGGAUGAGUCAAUUAAUGUCAGUAGGGGGUAUAUCAAUGUAUGUAGGAUUAGUCUAUUAGUGUCAGUAGGAGGUAUAGCAAUGUAUGUAGGAUGAGUCUGUUAGUGUCAGUAGGGGGUAUAGCAAUGUAUGUAGGAUGAGUCUGUUAGUGUCAGUAGGGGGUAUAGCAAUGUAUGAAGGAUGAGUCAAUUAAUGUCAGUAGGUGGUAUAGCAAUGUAUGUAGGAUGAGUCAGUUAAUGUCAGUAGGGAGUAUAGCAGUAUGUAGGAAGACAUCUAUUAGUACUGUUAGCAGUUUUGGAAACUGCAGUGCUUGCUAGGGGCAUUUGGUUGAAUUAGCUAUAUGUGGGGUGAGUAGAAUCACAGUAGAGGGGUCUUCGUUAAACCUGUUCCCUCUGUAUUACUCCCAGGGAGGCAGAAAAACCCCCUCCUCUACACAGACAUUCUAAACAGGCCAUUCUGCGUCCCCCAGAGGAGAAUGGAGCUGUCAUCCCGCACAGCCGCCAUGCCAUACAGGGAGCUGAUGAGGACCCAGGACGGAUGAAGCACAGUAAGAAGGGUCCCUGUGCAUCAGAGGGGUGAGGUGGGGGUACAGCUGAUCUCCCACCCAUUCUAAUUUGUAUUUCUUACUUUCAUUUUUUUGCCUUCAUUAAUUUUCUUAAUUUUUUUUAUUCUUUCUUUUUGGUUUGUCGACACUUUCGUUUCCCAUAUAUCAUUACAAAACACGAAUGCAUUCAGAUUACAUAGCAUGGUUGCAUACAUGAGGUUAUACAAUAGUUGGUUUAGGUUAUUUUGUCUUAUUGUUACCUGAUGAGUUGACUUCUCCUCAGUCUAUGCAUCAGCAUAUUGUGCCGACAAGUUUUUAAUUUUGUUGUGUUACUAACAUAAAAAAACAUAAUGAACAUUUCCCUUACAAAGUUUGUGUGAGACCCGCUGGAUAUAGGAAUAGAAAAAAGGGAGAAAAACCUGGGAAUAGCCAGGUGGUGCAUGUGUGGAGAGGUUCCUGGUUCAGAGGUCAUGGUGGUUGCCUCCAUCAGAAGCAGGGGUUGGCAUUAGUGUAUAUAUAAAGGGUACCCCACAAUUGGCCCGUUCGGGGUAGGAGUAUGUUCCCGUCUCUGGCCGCACCAGAGGGUCAAGGUUAGGAUUCUUUCUUAUUACUGGGUUCAGGGCGAGUACCACUGUCCCUCCCAGCUCUAGAUAUUUUAUCACCUUAUGUUCUAUGUGUAUACAGUAUUUGUCGCUGAUGUGUGCCGUGUCUUCUGCCGACAAAGCUAUGGGAAGAGCGCUCCAUUUAUUCAGGUGGAACUUAUAGCCCGAGUGUUUACCAUAAUUUUUUAGUUCAUAUGCCAAGGCUUCCAUGGAUUUUUUGGGGUGUGUGAGGGUGAGCAGAACAUCGUCCACAUAACUCGACUCAGUGAAUCUCUGUCUACCCAUGUGAUACCCUGUAUUAGUUGGUUUGUGCAUAUGGCGUGCAAUAGUGGUUCGAGGGAGAGGACUAACAGUAGCGGGGACAGAGGGCAUCCCUGUCGUGUCCCAUUGCUUAGUGAGAAGGGCGUGUUAGGGGCUCCUGUGAUCCUGAUUUGCGCUGUGACAUUAGUAUACAUGGCUCAAAUUAUUGUUAUGUAUGUCUCCGGGAAUUUUAGGUGUGUCAGUAAUUUUAACAUAUACGGCCAUUUUACCCUGUUGGAGGCCUUUUCGGCGUCCAGGGAAAGGAUAAGAGUUGGUUUUUGGGUGGAGGCCUGUUUCCAUAUGAAGUCUAUAUUUUGUCUGGUAUUUUCAAAGAAUUGGCAUCCCGUCAGGAGGGGGGAGAGUCGUUCAGCGAGCACUUUCGCAAGUAUUUUGGUAUAGUAAUUUAUUAACAAUAUGGAACUGAAAUUUUCCGGUCGGGAGUAGCACUAUGGUAGCCAAUGACAUGUCAGGAUCUGGAAUUCCCCCGUACACCCUCUCAUCAGGUAAUUAAACCAACUUGUCAUGUGUGAUAUUAAGUUGUUACGGAAUGUCUUAUAAUAUCCUCCCUCGAAUCCGUCAGGUACCGGGGCUUUUAUGUCCUUUUAAAGUUGAUAUAGUUCUGUCUAUUCCAUCUAUGGUAAUUUCGCCGCCCAGGCUUGCCCCAGCGGCCGGGUCUAGUUUCGGUAAUGUUAGCUUGUGUAGGUAUGUUUGUAUGGCUUCUGUACCGUCAGUUGGGUUGUCAUCUUCCUGGGCAGUGUGGUUGUUCAGGGCCUUAUAGAAAUCCAUGAAUACCUUUGCUAUAUCAGUCAGUGUAGUCCUAGGUUUACCUCUUUCCUCUUUUUUUUUUUUUUUUAUUCUUUAUUUUUGUGGUGCAAACAGUUAACAUGGGCUCUUGCCGUGCCUCAACAGCAGGUACAAGCUUGGUACAAUAAAUGCAUAAACAAGUUCAAGGCAUCGAAGGUCAUUGCACACAUUUUUUAAAUUAAGUAGCUAGGUCACAGGGUGAUGAAACAUGUCUAGGGUAUGUAGCAAACAUAAGAUGUGGUCGAAGUGAGUUUCCUAGACAUGUGAGUGGGUAUAUGAUAAUGAAGUUUAAAACAAGCUGGUGAGACAUGAAUGUUGUUCUUUCGUCUUUGAUAGUGGUGAUGUGAGUCUGACAGAGGCGUGGGUGCAGUGUUCUGGCCAGCAUAGUGUCCAUUUUGUUUGCAUGUUCAUAAAAAGUUUGUUUGGACCAAACCAUGGUGUCAUCAAGGAGUGUUUCCCUUAUAAGACGUCGCAAUGUCUCUAAGUCAUGGAGCUUGUCAGGGGAUGGGUCCGUCUUGUGCCACUGUUCUGCCUUUUUUAGGUCACUAAGGAGGGUUUUUAAUUUUCGAGUUUUGUCUUUCUGAUUAGGGCUCCUCUAAUAACCGUUUUGUGGGCGGCCCAUAUGGUCGCGAGUGUCCGUUCGGCCGAGAAGUUUAAUUGGAAGUAUUCCUUAAUUUCUUUUUGGACGGUUGCCGUAAAGUUCGGGUCUUUAAGUAAUGAUGUGUUUAGUUUCCAUGGGGAUAUUGUGCAUAGGUUAUCAAGCUCUAUAGUUAUGUCAGCGUGGUCUGACCACGUGAUGGAUCCUAUCGAUUGACCUCAUUAUCUUAGUUACAGCUUGGUAAUUUACUAGGAAAUCGUUAAUGCGCGAAUAUGUGUCGUGUGGUGCCAAGUAGUGUGUGUAAUCAGCGUCACCUGUAUGGUGCGCCCUCCAGACAUCUCUCAGCCCUGUUGAGCAUAUAAAUUUAUGUUCCAAUUUGUCUUGGCUGCCUCUGCCAUGGUAGCUUAUUUGUCCGCUUCUCGUGCUCCUGUCAAUGGCCAGACACGGCACAGCAUUAAAGUCCCCCCCACCUCGACGACCAUAUCGUGAGGUAGUCUUUCUAAUGUGGCUUUGAGAUGGUCGUAGAACUCUGGAGUCAGCUCGUUAGGUGCAUGUAUGUUAAUGAGGUGUAUGCCGUGUGAGUAUAGCGUUCCCGAAACUAUUAUAUACUGUCCCUCCGAGUCUGGUUCUACAUGCGUCACAUUUUUGGGGCACCUUUUGUGAAUAAGUAUUGCUACCCCAUUCUUUUUACGAUGUGUUCUGGCUUCAUGACUAUUUGUGUACAUGGUUUUUUAAUUGUAGGCUAAUGUUAGAAUGGUAAAUGGGUUUCCUGUAGGAAAGCUAAAUCCGGACUUAACCGUUUAAGUUCCCGAAAUAAUAGGCGCAUCUUUUUAGGGUUAUGAUUUUUAUAGCCAUCUUGGAUACGUGGCGAAUGAGCUAUACUGUUACCCUCUAUGGCCUGUCCCCGUCUCAGCCAAUCUGUUGGCCCUCACCAUCUGCCGUUGUCUUGUCCGUUUUGUCACACUGCCCGCAACAUCCAGCAAGAAAGUAUCAAAGCAUAUAAGGGAUAAAGUAAAGAAAGAAAGAACAAGUAAACUAUAACAAUAACAAUUUCUGGGCUAACUAAUUGCCAGACUUCGUUGGAGUGCAUGCGCCAGCACGCCCUGGCCUUCAUUCAUUUUAAUUCAUUCUCGAGCCCACUGAAGGACACUCUGUAUGUGUCAUACAGGCUCAUUUUGGAUGAAGUUGUAAAUCAUAUCCACAUCCCCUUUCCAUUACUCUUAGAUUGUGAGCUCAUUUGAGCGGGAUCUCUUUUUACCUCUUGUCACAUUAAUUUGCAUAUCUACACUUGUUUAAUGUCCCCAAUGUCUUAUUGUAAAGAGCUGUAGAAUAAUUGACAGAAAUAUUCUCUCUCCAGGUGCCUUGCAUUGAGAGAGAGUGUGUGAGCCAGAAGGUAGCUUUAUUUCUUGCAAUUUCAGGGAUGUUGUCUUUGUUUUGCUCCCUCUCUGGAGUUCUCACAUACUCAUUUCUGAUGUCGGCCAGUAUUGGUUGGACGCUACGUGACAACGGGCCAUAAAUGUCUUCUGGGUGUCUUCAUGUGCUAGGCGUGUUUGUGGGCACACAAGCUGGGCUAAGUGAUGCCAUUCUCUAUAAAGUCAGCUAGCAGAAAGUAGAAACGAUUCCCAAAAGAUGUGACAUGCAGGCAGAUUUUCCUUUGGUCUACAUUAUUUCCCUAACUGUUAUUCUGUGUAUCGCUUUCAUUCUCUGUUUCCGCUUUGUCUGUCUCAUUCAUUCUCUUGUUCGCAUUCUGUCUGUCUUGUUAAUUUUCUUUUUUUUUCUAUUCUGCCUGUCUCCUUUGUUUUUUUGCUGCCAUUCUCUAUGUCUCAUUCAUUCUCUUGCUCCUAUUCUGCUUGUCUCAGUCAUUUUCUUCUCCCUUUAUGACUUACUCCCAUUUUGUCAAUUUCAUUCAUUCUUUCACUCCUUUAAAGUCAUUUCUACUCAUUCUUUUGCUUCCAUUGUGUCUGUCUCAUUUAUUCUCUUGCUUCCAUUCUCUUUCAUGUAUCCAUUAUUUCCCCAGUUCUGUCCUGUUGUUUGUUCCACGAUGAUGGUUCUCAAACAACCCUUUUGUUUUUUUCUUCUCCCUCUUGAGUCAGGAAGGAAACAAAAAACUCCCAAGAAGUUCACAGGAGAGCAGACUUCCAUCACUGGGGCCUUCAGCCUGAAAGGUAUUUACAAAUCAUUUACAUAGCAAUAUUAAUACUAUGGUCCACAUAAACCAAUCAAACAAUAAAAAUACUAGAUUGGCUUCUAUGCUUUUCAUUCAAUACCCAACCAGAAAAUAAUACCAAAAAACUAGACUGGUCUCUGUUCUCUUCUAUUCAUACCCAACCACAUUGGGUAUGAAUAGUAGAGAACACUAGAUUGGCUUCCAUUUUCUUUAUUCAUACCAUAGUACAGGAGACAGCAACCUGAAUGUUAAAGAGACACUGUCUUCUCUCUUCCCUCCCUAUUAGUGUUUAUAUCUUUUUAAUUAUUGAUAGGUUAAUUUAGGUGGAUAUAGGUUUAUAGGUCUCCCUAUUCUUCCUCUUCCUCCCGGGGUAUGUUCCAUACUCCAUAUUACUAUUAGGAAUCAUAAUGAUCGUGGGAGGGGAGAGGAGAGGGAGAUUAGCAUUAACAUAAUGGAUAGCAACAUAGACCACCAUGUAAUGUCAGAUUGGUAAAAUAUUGGGCUCUGGUUCUAGGAGCAAGUGUGGUCAUAUGUUUCAGGUAAAAUUGAUAACAUUUUGGACUGCUAAUGGAUUAACCAUGGGUAGAUAUUUGGAAUGCCGUUUUGUUUUUGAAGAGUUGUGAGUCCUUCCUCCUCUCGCCGGGGUCUACUUCCUGCAACUAUAGGCAGGUCUUGUUCAGGGGGUUCCAUAUACAUGUGAGUGUACGUAUAUAUAUACAUGUGUGUGUUUCCCCACUGGAUUUUCAAGAGGUGGUUUGUUUCCCCUCUUGAAUUAUUUUUCAUGUUCUAUGUAUCUUAUAAUGUAAAUAUGUUUUCUUUUGUAUGUUUUUGUUUUUUAUUUUUUUUCUUCUUUCUGAGACUCGAUUCGGGGUGUAACCAUGACAAUAGGUUUUAUGAUGGCACUUAAUUUGAUAUCAUGGAAUGUCCAGGGUUUAAACUCACCACAGAAAAGGGGAGCGGUCCAUAAAAUUCUAAAGGAUAAUGAUAUCGAUAUUGCUUUUAUUCAGGAGACACAUUGGAUUAAUUCUCCAGAGAGACUCUGGAAGUUUAAGAAAUUCCCUUUGAUAUUUUCCUCCAAUAUGGAGGGGAGUAAAAAAAAAAGAGGUACUGCUAUCAUAAUUUCUAGUAGAAUUAAUUUUGAAAAGAUACAUCUAACUGGGGAUCCAAUGGGAAGAUAUGUGAUACUCGUCGCAAAAAUUAAUGGUAUUAUCUAUACUUUGGUCAAUGUUUAUGCACCAAAUUCGUGCCCAGGGGAUUUUUUUGAUAAAAUUAUGGAAAGGGUUUAUGAAUUAGCAUGUGGCAACAUCAUAAUUGGGGGAGACUUUAAUUGUGUAUUAGAUCCAGUACGGGAUAAAAGCCAUAAAAACGCUGGAGAAUACAAAUUUGUAAAUACCUAUACCUCGGAUUUUUCUAAAUUUUUAGACAGGAACUCUCUAUUUGAUUGUUGGAGGACUUUGAAUCCUAGUGAGAGAGACUACACUUUUUUUUCACAUGUCCACCAGACCUAUUCUCGAAUAGACAUGUUUUUGGUGAAAGCGGGGUUUUUGAGUUUUAUUACUAAUUCCAAUAUCGGAUCUAUAGUUGUAUCAGAUCAUGCUCCAGUAUUCAUUAAGGUUAAGUUAAAAGGUGGUCUUAGACCAAGGACAAGGUGGAGACUUAAUGAAAGCCUUUUGAAAUCAGAGUGCAAUAUUGACUUUUUGUCAUCUGAAAUUGAAAAUUUCUUGAUUACCAACGAUAAUGGGGAAGUUUCCACGGCAACAGUAUGGUGUACCCUUAAAAGUUUUGCAAGGGGACUAUUGAUUAAACUUGGCUCAGAAUCUAAAAGGAGGAAGGGAGAAUCUCUACAAGAGUUAAGAAUAAAAUUGGCAAACAAGGAACGUUUAAAUAAAAAUAUGGUGAAUAAAGAUCUGAUUGAGGAAAUAACUAAAUUGAGGGAAUCUAUCAAAGAAAGAAUUUAUGAUACGGUUAAUAAAAAUAUACUCUUUCUUAAACAAAGAUGGUAUCAUAAUAAUAACAAAAUAACUAAAGAUCUCUCUAAUAAAAUUAAGAAUAAUCUUAAAGAUAAAUUCAUAAAAAAAAUCGUCUUAGGUGAUAAACAUCUAGUGUCACCAAAUGAAAUUGUAAAUGCAUUUGCGGAAUUUUAUAAAUCUCUAUAUAAUCUAAAGGAGGUAGGAAGGAGUAGAGAAGAAAUGGAUACAUUUUUGAGUAACCUCAAAUUACCACAAAUUAAACAAAGUAAGUUGGAAAUGUUGAAUGCUCCAUUCUCACUAUCAGAAGUAACAGAAGUAAUAGAUAAGUUAAAACCGAAUAAGGCCCCAGGCCCAGAUGGCUUCUCAACAAUGUUUUAUAGAACUUUUUCUAGACUCAUUUCUCCUAUCCUAUUAGAGAUGUUUAUGAAGGCGUCUGCGGAUAAUCCUUUCCCCAAUGAGAUGUUAUUGGCCUCAAUCAUUCCUAUACCCAAAGUAGGGAAAGACCCAACAUUUAUUACUAACUACAGACCCAUAUCUCUCAUUAACUUAGAUAUAAAGAUAUUCUCCCAAAUACUAUCUAACAGAUUUAAAGAGGUAAUAGGAGAUCUGAUCGAUAUUGAUCAGUCUGGAUUUGUGCGAGGGAGAGGUACUACAGAUAAUACACGUAGGAUAUUUAAUUUAAUACAUAGAAUAAAGGAGCAGAAAUGGGGGUCUGUCAUUAUGGCCCUUGAUGCUGAGAAGGCCUUUGACAGAGUCAAUUGGAGAUUCCUGGACUCUGUCAUGGGCCAAUUUGGCCUAGAGGGUCAAUUUAGACACAAUACCAUGUUGUUAUAUAGGAGUUCUACAGCUAAAAUAAUUAACCCUCUUGCUGAGUCUGAUCAUUUUGAGGUCAAAAAUGGUACUAGACAGGGUUGCCCUUUGGCUCCCCUGUUAUAUAUUCUUACAAUUGAACCUUUGGCCACUAUGAUCAGACAGGAUAUCAACGUAAAGGGGGUUAAGUCCCUUAAUGGGGAAACCAAGGUCUCCCUAUUUGCAGACGAUGUCCUCCUUACUUUGACGGAUCCGAUGGUUUCAAUUCCGUCAGUACUGGACGUUAUAUCAAAUUAUAGCAGCUUUUCGAAUUAUAAGAUCAAUAUGAAAAAAACUCAAAUUUUAGCCUCUUUUCUAUCUGAGGCUCAGAAAGAUUUCCUGACCGCACAUUUUCAAUUCUCAUGGGCAAAUGAUACUAUCGGUUAUUUGGGGAUCAAAAUAUCUUUUGAUAUAGAGAAGAUGAUACAAUCAAACUAUGAUACAUUAUUAAGAGAUCUGCAACAACUGGUAGACAAUUGGAGGAAGAGUGAGUCCUCAUGGAUAGGAAGAUUAAAUAUGAUCAAGGCAUUUUUGCUACCCAAAAUUAUAUAUUAUUUUAGGGCGAUUCCCUAUAGAUUGGGGAAAGGUAUUCUUAAACGCUUUCAAAUUUUGAUUUCUAAAUGUAUUUGGGCUAAUAAACCACCUAGGAUAGCUUUUGAUACCCUUCGAAGGAGCUACCAGAAGGGUGGUAUAGCAUUUCCAGAUGUUGAUAAAAUCCAUGAAGCAUGUAUGGCGACUCAUCUUUUACAGUGGUUGGAUAAGGAGCGGGGAUCUAUAUCAUGGCUUACUCUAGAACAGGAGGAUAGCCCUAGAUAUGAACUGGUUGUUCUCUUUUGGAUGGGUUUGCUAAAUUUGGGUGAAUUGGAUACCAAGAAUUUUUCCAACCGAAUAUUAAUAGAUAUGAUCAAUACUUCUAAAAUUCUAAGUAAGAAAUUGAAGCUAGAAGAUAAAUUAUUAUAUAGAGUUCCAUUAGUGGUCCUACAAUAUAUAAUGGAUAACAUUAAUGUUCAAUCUUGGAUACAUUUAGGCCUAACGAAGAUCUCUGACUUAUGGGAUGGAUUUAAACCCAUCCCAUUUAUACAAUUGCAUGAAAAGUUUAAUCUUUCCCCUAGAGAUCUUUUCCAAUAUCUAAGGAUUAAGAAUUUUAUACAAUCCCGGACCAUACUUAAGGACCACAUUGUUAAUCCCCUUAUUGUAUUACAGGGAGUGCAGAAUUAUUAGGCAAGUUGUAUUUUUGAGGAUUAAUUUUAUUAUUGAACAACAACCAUGUUCUCAAUGAACCCAAAAAACUCAUUAAUAUCAAAGCUGAAUAUUUUUUAGUUUGUUUUUAGUUUUAGCUAUGUUAGGGGGAUAUCUGUGUGUGCAGGUGACUAUUACUGUGCAUAAUUAUUAGGCAACUUAACAAAAAUCAAAUAUAUACCCAUUUCAAUUAUUUAUUAUUACCAGUGAAACCAAUAUAACAUCUCAACAUUCACAAAUAUACAUUUUUGACAUUCAAAAACAAAACAAAAACAAAUCAGUGACCAAUAUAGCCACCUUUCUUUGCAAGGACACUCAAAAGCCUGCCAUCCAUGGAUUCUGUCAGUGUUUCUGUUCACCAUCAACAUUGCGUGCAGCAGCAACCACAGCCUCCCAGACACUGUUCAGAGAGGUGUACUGUUUUCCCUCCUUGUAAAUCUCACAUUUGAUGAUGGACAACAGGUUCUCAAUGGGGUUCAGAUCAGGUGGACAAGGAGGCCAUGUCAUUAGAUUUCCUUCUUUUAUACCCUUUCUUGCCAGCCACGCUGUGGAGUACUUGGACGCGUGUGAUGGAGCAUUGUCCUGCAUGAAAAUCAUGUUUCUCUUGAAGGAUGCAGACUUCUUCCUGUACCACUGCUUGAAGAAGGUGUCUUCCAGGAACUGGCAGUAGGACUGGGAGUUGAGCUUGACUCCAUCCUCAACCCGAAAAGGCCCCACAAGCUCAUCUUUGAUGAUACCAGCCCAAACCAGUACUCCACCUCCACCUUGCUGGCGCCUGAGUCGGACUGGAGCUCUCUGCCCUUUACCAAUCCAGCCACGGGCCUAUCCAUCUGGCCCAUCAAGACUCACUCUCAUUUCAUCAGUCCAUAAAACCUUAGAAAAAUCAGUCUUGAGAUAUUUCUUGGCCCAGUCUUGACGUUUCAGCUUGUGUGUCUGUUCAGUGGUGGUCGUCUUUCAGCCUUUCUUACCUUGGCCAUGUCUCUGAGUAUUGCACACCUUGUGCUUUUGGGCACUCCAGUGAUGUUGCAGCUCUGAAAUAUGGCCAAACUGGUGGCAAGUGGCAUCGCGGCAGCUGCACGCUUGACUUUUCUCAGUUCAUGGGCAGUUAUUUUGCGCCUUGGUUUUUCCACACGCUUCUUGCGACCCUGUUGACUAUUUUGAAUGAAACGCUUGAUUGUUCGAUGAUCACGCUUCAGAAGCUUUGCAAUUUUAAGAGUGCUGCAUCCCUCUGCAAGAUAUCUCACUAUUUUUGACUUUUCUGAGCCUGUCAAGUCCUUCUUUGACCCAUUUUGCCAAAGGAAAGGAAGUUGCCUAAUAAUUAUGCACACCUGAUAUAGGGUGUUGAUUUCAUUAGACCACACCCCUUCUCAUUACAGAGAUGCACAUCACCUAAUAUGCUUAAUUGGUAGUAGGCUUUUCGAGCCUAUACAGCUUGGAGUAAGACAACAUGCAUAAAGAGGAUGAUGUGGUCAAAAUACUCAUUUGCCUAAUAAUUCUGCACUCCCUGUAUAUAAAAAGAAGGGAGGGAUUUCUAGAUUUAUUAAGGUGCUAGAAUCAAUGGAACAAGACUCUCAUGCCACCUCCUUUAUUAAAUGGGAACAAGAUAUUGGGGAAUCCUUUUCACUUUCGGAAUGGUCCAAGGCUACACUCCUGGUUAAGCGUUGAAACACAUUUAAAGAUAAUAUAUAGGUGGUAUAUGGUACCGGCUAGAUUAUACAAAAUAUCAUCUGUCCAUUCUAAGUAUUGUUGGAGAUGUGGAAAUGAGGAGGGUACUAUCUACCACAUAUGGUGGGAGUGUCAUGGUCUCGAUAGUAUAAAAAUUCAAAUGUUUGGCAUUAUUAACUCUAUCUUUAAGGAGAUAAAAGAAAUUAGCCCUCAACUAUUUCUUUUUAAUAUUGGUUUUCCUUCGCAAGAUAAAUAUCAAAAUUAUCUUUUGACUCAUAUAUUUUUUGCCAUCAAAAUAUGUAUAGCUAGGGCUUGGAAUUCUUCUACUCCUUUAAUAUGGCAUAGUAUUAUGGAGCAAAUUGAUUACCAACAUAGGAUGGAAAUAAACCCUUUCUUUGGUACUAGAGACGUGACCAAAUUAUGGUUACCCUGGACAAAUCGACAGAACCCAUGAUAGCAUGUUGUGGUUCCCCCCCUUAUCAAGUCUCAGAGGAUGUAAUUUAUUUGUAUUAUAAUUUUCUAUAUUUUUUAUAUAAUUUUUUUUUUUUUUUGACUAUCAAUGUGAUAAUUAUACUAUGGAAAUCCUGGUGUUAACUUCUUGAUUAGGUUUGGUAGUGGAUAAGUGUACCUGGCUGUAAUAUAUAUCGGGUGUACGAUAUGAUGGUUUCCGAUGGAAACAUUGUAUUAUAUGUGGAACCAAUUGACGCUGGAUCCUUUAUUAAGUUUUUUUUCUUUUUUUUUCUUUCUUUUGUUUCGCUUUGUGUCGUUUGUCUGUUUAAUUUUGGUGUUUUUUUUUUUUAUAAUUAUUUUGUAUAUGGCUGUAUUACUAUGUUGGAGGUAUGUCUAUUGGAUACCCCAUAUGUAAAUGUUAAUAAUGUUAAAAAAAAAUUUUAAUACGAUAAAUAAAGAAAUAUAAAAAAAAAAUAAAAAAAAAUAAAGAGACACUGUCUUGCGCUCCCUGGUACCGUCAUUUCAUUCAGCAUUAAACCGUUUUUUAUGUUUUAAUGCUUAACGAGAGUCCCCAGCAGCCCAUCCCAUCUGUGCUGCUUGUGCUAAUGGGGAAGUAUUAGCCUGAGCAGCAGUAGGCAGCUGUGAUUGACUGAGAGGCACCUGACUGCUGUCAGCCUAUCAGAGCCUUAACUGAUGGUAUUAAUGGGUUUGACUACAAGGAAGUGUGUAGUCUCUGCCUUAGCCACACCUCCAGAAGGGGCCGGACUGUGGGUUGCCCAGGUCUCUUUUUAGUGUUAAAGUGCUUUUAUGUGGUUUAACACUGAAUGGAGGGACAGUGCCAGUGGAUUCCAGGCACUAUAAUGAAUUUAAAAAGAUGAAAUGGUUAUAGUGACUACAGUGCCCCUUUCAAUCUAUUUUGAGUUGGAAGGAAAAUAUGGUACUAUCUUAGUAAUUAAUAAGUAGUUGCUCUGCAAUUAUAACAGGAUUUAGUGGUAGGCUUUAUUUGUGUGUACAAAGAUUCAAAAUGUAGAAGUCUUCAGACCACAAGCUUUACAGAUAUUUUCCUUACGUGUAUAGGACUCUCUUCUUCAUGUGAACUUCCCACAUCUUGCAUGUCUCCUUUUUAAGUGAAUCGAAUGCCCAAAUCUCCCCCAGUCUAAGCUUCAUGUCUACAGAUCUCCCAACAUUUCUCAUGGUCUCAUCCUCAUGUGUAGAUGCUCUGUAAACUUCCUAUACCUCCUUCAUCCUUAGAAAAGUAGGAGGACAGAAGGUAUUAUAUUCUUUGUUAUUUUCUAGGGUUGGGGAAAACAGAGGACAAAUCUCGAGGGGGACGUGGAAGGAUCGUAAGAGGAAGAACUGAUGAGUCAAGGAAGAAGUUGCACAGUGCAAAUGCCCGUCGGGAAAACUCUGUACCACUUCCAGGUAAUUUACAACCCUCUGGAGUGUUAGAUACAUCCAGGCAAAUUUAAUGGAUCAAAGAAUUUCAAUCUGAGCAUCGAGGUCAAGCUUAACAAUGUCACACAGCAAAAUCAUGUAAAAGCACAUUUCUAGGAGACCUUUUAGUCAGCUGUAUUUUAGACAUAAAUUAAAUUAAAAAAUGAUGACUGUUUAUAUUACAAUGAUUUAUUAUAGUUUAAUGCAGCAUUGCCCCCAAGUGGCCUCCCUUGGUUUUGCAGUCUGCAAGAUCUCUCAGAAUUAAGUCUUAAUCUAGUUUUCAGAGUAUGAAGUGCGGAGGUUUUAUUCCCGAGUUGGAGAGGGGAUUCAUGUAUUUGGAUGUAAACAGAUAACAUGCAUUUUUCUAUCCCUCUACCAGGCAAUUUGGAGGAUACCUGCCAGCGCCAGGUUAAUAAGAGAGGUGAAGUUACAUGUCCUAAUUGUGUAUCCGUCACACGCAAGACUAUGGCUGGUCUGAAGAAGCACAUGGACGUGUGUGAGCAGGUAGGAUUGGCUGUGUAUGUUCUGUGAGGGAGUAAGUGUACAGAAGAUUUAUUAGGUGUAGAGGAGACAUACUGUGUGACUGUGGGUGUAGAGGAGAUAUAUACGGUGUGUCAGCGGGUGUAGAGGAGAUAUACAGUGUGUCUGCGGGUGUAGAGGAGAUAUAUUGUGUGUCUGCGGGUGUAGAGGAGAUAUACGGUGUGUCUGCGGGUGUAGAUAUACUGUGUGUCUGCAGGUGUAGAGGACAUAUACGGUGUGUCUGUGGGUGUAGAGGAGAUAUACAAUGUGUCUGCGGGUGUAGAGGAGAUAUACGGUGUGUCUGCGGGUGUAGAGGAGAUAUACGGUGUGUCUGCUGGUGUAGAGAAGAUAUACUGUAUGUCUGCGGGUGUAGAUAUACUGUGUGUCUGCGGGUGUAGAGGAGAUAUACGGUGUAUCUGCGGGUGUAGAGGAGAUACCCUGUGUGUCUGCGGGUGUAGAGGAGAUAUAUUGCGUGUCUGCGGGUGUAGAGGAGAUAUACUUUGUGGCUGCGGGUGUAGAGGAGUUAUACGUUGUGUCUGCGGAUGUAGAGGAGAUAUACGGUGUGUCUGCGGGUUUAGAGGAGAUAUACUGAAUGUCUGCGGGUGUAGAUAUACUGUGUGUCUGCAGGUGUAGAGGAGAUACCCUGUGUGUCUGCGGGUGUAGAGGAGAUAUAUUGCGUGUCUGCGGGUGUAGAGGAGAUAUACUGUGUGUCUGCGGGUGUAGAGGAGAUAUAUUGUGUGUCUGCGGGUGUAGAGGAGAUAUAUUGUGUGUCUGCGGGUGUAGAGGAGAUAUACUGUGUGUCUGCGGGUGUAGAGGAGAUAUACUGUGUGUCUGCGGGUGUAGAGGAGAUAUACGGUGUGUCUGCGGGUGUAGAGGAGAUAUACUGUGUGUCUGCGGGUGUAGAGGAGAUAUACUGUGUGUCUGCGGGUGUAGAGGAGAUAUAUUGUGUGUCUGCGGGUGUAGAGGAGAUAUACUGUGUGUCUGCGGGUGUAGAGGAGAUAUACUGUGUGUCUGCGGGUGUAGAGGAGAUAUACUGUGUGUCUGCGGGUGUAGAGGAGAUAUACUGUGUGUCUGCGGGUGUAGAGGAGAUAUACUGUGUGUCUGCGGGUGUAGUUACAUAGUUACAUAGUUACAUAGCUGAAAAGAGACUUGCGUCCAUCAAGUUCAGCCUACCUCACAUUUGUUUUUUGCUGUUGAUCCAAAAGAAGGCAAAAAAAACCAGUUUGAAGCACAAUUUUGCAACAAGCUAGGAAAAAAAUUCCUUCUUGACCCCAGAAUGGCAGUCAGAUUUAUCCUUGGAUCAAGCAGUUAUUACCCUACAUUGAAAGAUUAUAUCCUUGAAUAUUCUGUUCUUGCAAGUAUGCAUCUAGUAGCCGUUUGAACAUCUGUAUGGACUCUGAUAAAACCACUUUCUCAGGCAGAGAAUUCCACAUCCUGAUUGUUCUUACAGUAAAAAAACCUUUCCUUUGCCUUAGACGAAAUCUUCUUUCUUCCAGUCUAAACGCAUGGCCUCGUGUCCUAUGUAAAGUCCGGUUUGUGAAUAGAUUUCCACACAAUGGUUUGUAUUGGCCCCGAAUAUAUUUGUAUAAUGUUAUCAUAUCCCUCUCAGGCGACGUUUUUCUAAACUAAAUAGGUUUAAAUUUGUUAACCUUUCUUCAUAGCUGAUAUGUUCCAUUCCUUUUAUUAAUUUUGUAGCCCGCCUCUGCACUUUUUCUAGUGCCAUAAUAUCCUUCUUUAGAACAGGUGCCCAAAAUUGCACAGCAUAUUCAAUAUGUGGUCUUACCAGUGAUUUAUAAAGAGGCAAAAUGAUAUUCUCGUCCCGAGAAUGAAUGCCCUUUUUCAUGCAUGACAAUACCUUACUGGCCUUGGCCACUGCUGAUUGACAUUGCACAUUGUUGCAUGGUUUGUUGUCUAUAACAAUUCCCAAGUCCUUUUCAUGUGUUGUUAUCCCUAAUUCGCUUCCAUUAAGGGUAUACGUUGCUUGUGUAUUCUUUACGCCGAAGUGCAUAACUUUGCAUUUUUCAACAUUAAAUUUCAUCUGCCAUUUGAGUGCCCAGUCCCCCAGUCUAUCUAAAUCCCUCUGCAGCAAAGUAAUAUCUUGCUCACAUUGUAUUGUUUUACAAAGUUUGGUGUCAUCUGCAAACACUGAAACAUGACUUUCAAUGCGGUCUUCAAGAUCAUUUAUAAACAUGUUAAAUAAAAGGGGUCCCAGCACAGACCCCUGAGGGACACCACUUGCCACCUCUGUCCAGCUUGAAAAUUUACCAUUAAUGACAACUCUUUGUACUCUGUUUUUAAGCCAAUGUUCUACCCAAGAACAAGCAUUUUCAUCUAGACCGAUUUCCUUGAGUUUGAACACUAAUCUAUUGUGUGGAACUGUAUCAAAUGCCUUGGCAAAAUCCAAAUAGAUCACAUCCACGCAACACCCUGAUCUAUACUUCUACUUACUUCUUCGUAGAACGCAAUCAAGUUAGUUUGACAUGACCUGUGCUUCAUAAAACCAUGCUGAUUUUUGCUGAUAACCAUGUUCUUCUCAAGGAAUUCUUGAAUAUUAUCCCUUAAUAACCUUUCAAAUAUUUUACCAGCCACAGAAGUUAAGCUCACAGGUCUAUAAUUUCCAGGCAAGGAUUUUGAACCCUUUUUGAAUAUAGGAACCACAUCUGCCUUCCUCCAAUCCUCCGGAACACUUCCUGAAAGAAUGUAGAUAUAGUGUGUGUCUGCGGGUAUAGAAGGAUGUAUUGGAUGUCUGUGGGGAUAGUCGAGGCAUGUGUCUCUGUGUGUGUAGCAGAGAUAUACUGUGUCUGUGUUUGCAGCGGAGACAUACUGUGUGUCUGUAGAUAUCUGUGAAUGGGUAUAUGUACUCGGUGUAGGACAUGUAAAUUACCAGCCUAUAUGUCUUGGUUAUUGAUCCUCUUGCCAUGUUUGUGGGUUGAAUUUUGUUUACCAAUUUCGACUAAUGGUAUGGGGUGUUUGUAUUUUCCAUGCUUUGUAUACACCCAUGCCCAACAGUUGAUCACUGUUUGCAGUUUGGUGUGUGUUGCAUGCAGCAAUGUGUUUUACAGUAAAAGUGUACGUAAUCAGUUCUGUAUGUUUGAUACCUGUUGUGUGUGUAUGUGUCAAGUACUUAUGUUCGUCUUUCUAUCAGCUGCAGGAAGCCUUGAGAUGCCAACAUUGCAGGAAACAGUUCAAAUCCAAGGCUGGUCUGAAUUACCACACAAUGGCUGAGCAUGUAAAUAAGGUAAGAUUGCAGUAUUACUAAUGGUGUGGUAUACCACCUGUGUGAAAUGGGUGAGUUGCACCUGGUAUGUGAUAUGGACAUGGUGUACCCGUGUGAAACGAGCAUGGUCUACUGUGUCUGAUAUGGUCGUGGUGUACCCACUCUGUGAAAUGGGCCUGGUGUACCCACUCUGUGAUAUGGGCAUGGUGUACCCACUCUGUGAUAUGGGCCUGGUGUACUCACUCUGUGAUAUGGGCAUUGUGUACCCACUCUGUCAUAUGGGCCUGGUGUACCCACUCUAUGAGAGGGGUAUGGUGUACCCACUCUGUGAUAUGGGCAUGGUGUACCCACUCUGUCAUAUGGACCUGGUGUACCCACUGUGUGAAAUUGGCAUGGUGCACUCACUGUGUGAAGUGGGAAUGGUGUACUCGGUGUCUGAUAUGGUCGUGGUUUACCCACUGUGUGAAAUGGGCAUUGUUUAUUCACUGUGUGAUAUGGGCCUGGUGUACCCACUCUGUGAUAUUGGCCUGGUGUACCUACUUUGUGAAAUGGUCAUGGUGUACCCACUGUGUGAAAUGGGCAUUGCCUAUUCACUGUGUGAUAUGGGCCUGGUGUACCCACUCUGUGAUAUUGGCCUGGUGUACCUACUUUGUGAAAUGGUCAUGGUGUACCCACUGUGUGAAAUGGGCAUGGUGUAUCCACUGUGUGAAAUGAGGAGGGUUGUCUACUAUGUAAAUCAACAUGGUGUACUCAUUGUGUUGGUCAUGUUGCACUAGCUCUGUGAGUGAAGUAUCCUGUGAAUGCUGUGUGAGUGGUGUAUGCUGUACCCGCUCUGUGAGUGGGGAGUGGUAUUCCUCAGUGUGAGAUGAUAUAUCUUUUGCAGUCUUCCAAUUCUGAGGAUGCACCAUUAGACGAACAGAAAGAGAGGGAGCGUCUUCGCAAAGUCCUAAAACAAAUGGGAAAAUUACGCUGUGCAAAGCAGGUACUGGGUUCACGGUCCACAGUAACAUGUUUUACACAUACACUUAUUGCAGUUCAUGCUGUGCAUACUUAGAAUGUGUUACCUAUACAGUUUUGUCCCCCUUGCAGGAUUGUACUGCAACUUUCUCCAGCUUGAUGGGGUAUCAGUAUCACAUGCAGCGCUGUGGACGAGAGCAGACAGAGGGGGACAAACUGCGUUUCUCCUGCCCGUAUUGCAGCAAGGAGUACCAAUCAAAGGCUGGCAGGAAUUACCAUGUGCGCUCAGAGCACUGCGCGGUGAGGACCACGAAUCAUUGGCAUGGCCAACUGUGUGAAAGUAAUCACUUGUGUGAAACAAUCAAGCAACCACUUGAUCUUAACAACUGGUGUGUGUUACACAGCUUUGCCUGAUACAGAUCACUAGUGUGUGACAUAGUCCCCCCUGACAAAUGAUCACUAGUGUGGUGUUUCACGGCCCUUCCUAACACUGAUUAUUAGUGUGUGACAUGGCACUGCCUGAUUCUGAUGACUAGUGUGUGACAUGGCACUGCCUGAUACUGAUCAUUAGUGUGUGACAUGGCACUGCCUGAUACUGAUCACUAGUGUGUGACAUGGCACUGCCUGAUACUGAUCAUUAGUGUGUGACUUGGCACUGCCUGAUUCUGAUCAUUAGUGUGUGACAUGGCACUGCCUCAUACUGAUCAUUAGUGUGUGCCUUGGCACUGCCUGAUUCUGAUCACUAGUGUGUGACAUGGCACUGCCUGAUACUGAUCAUUAGUGUGUGACAUGGCACUGCCUGAUACUGAUCAUUAGUGUGUGUCAUGGCACUGCCUGAUACUGAUCACUAGUGUGUGACAUGGCACUGCCUGAUACUGAUCACUAGUGUGUGACAUGGCACUGCCUGAUACUGAUCAUUAGCGUGUGACAUGGCACUGCCUUAUACUGAUCACUAGUGUGUGACAUGGCACUGCCUGAUUCCGAUCACUGGUGUGUGACUUUGUUCCCCCUGACAAUGAUCACUAGUGUGGUGUUUCACGGCCCUUCCUAACAAUGAUUAUUAGUAUGUGACUUGGCACUGCCUGAUUCUGAUCACUAGUGUGUAACAUGGCACUGCCUCAUACUGUUCACUAGUGUGUGACAUGGCACUGCCUGAUUCUGAUCACUAGUGUGUGACUUGGCUAUCUGACCUAGUUUCUAGGUUAAAGCAUUGCCUGAUGCUAAUCACUAGUGCAUUGUACUACCAUGUCUGAUACUUAUCACUAGUGUGUGACAGAGCUCUUUCUCAAAAUAAUUAGGAGUGUACGAUACUACUUAACGCUUCUGAAUAAUUUUACACCAACAGUAAUCCGUUACAAUUUCACGUUGUUGAAAAGUAAAUGUACGCAGGGUUUUACAGUGUGUGCUCUCCGUAACUGCUCUACAGGCUCCUGCAAAGCCAGCAGCAGCAGAAGAGGAAAGGGAACUGGAGAAUAUUGAACGAACACCCAGCGGUAGAGUCCGGCGCCAGUCGGCCCAGUUAGCGGUCUUCCACCUGCAGGAGAUAGCAGAGGAUGAACUCUCCAAGGAGGGAGGGAGGAGAAGGAUGAGAGAAGAUCUGGUUCCUGACAGUAAGAGGGUAAGAUGGGCUAAAAGGAUGUCUACAGGUAAGGCAGAGAUGUGAGAUACCCUGAGGCAUGUUAUGAAGAAAAGAGAAAUCAGGAAUUAUGAAGAUGGGUUCAAGAGCUAUUAAUGAAGCUCCAUCUAAUGUCAAAUUGGGUAUUCAGUUAGGAUAAUGAUGAUAUAGAUGUACCCCUAUGCUGAUUCCAUAAUCCUUUAUCCUUUUAAUCCCAUAUAAUCUCAUUUAACACUUAGAAUUUUGGACCCUGCAGCUUGUCACUGUGUUUAAUACAGCUUGCUAAAUACAAAUAUUACAAAAAUCAAAUAUAACAUUUUGGUAUACAAUCCAUGCUCCCCUUGGUGCCAGGUAUAUCUGGGGGUAACAUGAGAGUCUGACACAUGUGUCAUGUAACAGCUGAACUACCUGCGUCCCGGUCUGCCGACCUUUAACCCCCAGCUCCUGGAAAGCUGGAAAACGCGAGUGAAGGAGAACGGGUUCAUCUGCUGUCCGAAUAACGUGAGUGUUAUUGUGACAUAGUCGUGAUUACACUGCUAGUGACACAAAGUUUGCAAAGAUGAUCUACUGCUUGUCACAGUGACAAAUGGAUAAUGGCACAGAGCUAAUCGUGGGGCACACUGCUAGCGGCACAACUUGUCACAGUGACACACUGCUAGUGACAGACAUAGUUACAGUGAUACACUGCUUGUGACAGCUUAUGCUACUGACACAGACAUAGUCAUGGUGACACACUGUUUGUUACCUGCAACUAGGUGCAGCGACACAAUGCUAGUGACUCAGACAUAGUCACUGUGACACAUUGCUAAUGACACAGAACUGGUUGCAGUGGCACAGACAUGAUCACAUUAACAAACUGCUUGUGACACGGAGCUAGUGGCACAAUAGUUGCUUUAAUGAUACAUGGCUAGUUGAAGUGAUUGCGAUAUACAAAUGCAGCCUGUUCCAGUAAUGUAAAAUGAGCUAAUGAGAGAGACAGACCGUGUAACACAUGCUAAUAUUCACUUUGCACUUUGUUUCCACUGGCAGUGCUGUGAAGCAAUAUACUCAAGUGUGUCUGGACUGAAGGCUCAUCUAGCAAGCUGUAGCAAGGUAAUGAGUGUGCACUCAAUGUGUGUAUUCUGAGACUGCAUGAUUCACAGGGAUAAAUCAGCUGUCCUGAGUGAUUGGUGGUCACUGCACACAUUAUCUGUUCAGUGUCCUCAUAAAGCUUACCCCCAGCUGUAGGACUGCAGAUCCCAUGAUGCCAUGCCUUAAGGCUUGUAAAGCAACAUAGAAUUUGUAGCUGUAUAAUAGACAGGGAUCUACAUUUUGACCACCCAUCCCAUACCACUGGGAAAAACGUACUUGUAUUUAGUGAUCACUCUAUAUAACCAAAUGCACAUGACUGAGUGAGGUUAGUUGAGGUCUGUGACCGAGUGAGCAUUGAUUAUGCCUGUAAGUGUCAGCCAUUUUGCUCCAUUGGCAGGGGAAUCAUUCGGUGGGAAAGUAUCGCUGUCUCCUGUGUCAGAAAGAAUUCAGCUCAGAGAGUGGAGUGAAGUAUCACAUUCUGAAGACACACUCACAGGUGAGUGCCCAUCGUCUCUUGGGUUCAUGCAGGAGCAAGAUAACAGUAAACAUAAAAUCCCUGAAGAUUAUUUAUUAUUAUUAUUAUUAUUAUUAUUAUUAUUAUUAUGAUGAUGAUAUUUAUAGAGCGCCGUCAAAUUCCGCAGCGCUUUACAAUGGGUGGACGAACAGACAUGUAUUUGUAACCAGACAAGUUGGACACACAGGAACAGAGGGGUUGAGGGCCCUGCUCAAUGAGCUUAUAUGCUAGAGGGAGUGGGGUAAAAUGACACAAAAAGGUAAGGAUAGUAUUAGACUAGUGACCAUUGCAGAAGAUGAAUCAGUCAGGAGCUAUUAACAGUUUAAUUGAUACGCUUUUAUGAAGAAGUGGGUUUUUAACGAUUUUUUGAAGCAGUGGAGACAGGGUGAGCAUCUAAUGGAGGAGGGAAGCGAGUUCCACAGGAACGGUGCAGCCCUCGAGAAAUCUUGAAGGGGAGCAUAAGAGGUGGGAGUAUGGACAGAAGAUAGAAGUAAGUCUUCAGCAGAUCGUAAGGGCCUAGACGGGACAUACUUGUGUAUAAGGGAGGAUAAAUAGGUGGGAGCAGCAUUAUCUAGAGAUUUGAAAGCAAGAACCAGAAUUUUAAAUUGAGCUCUAUAUUUUAUAGGAAGCCAAUGUAGGGACUGACAGAAGGGUGAGGCAUGGGAGGUGCGGGCAGACAGGAAGAUGAGCCUCACCGCCGCAUUCAUUAUGGACUGUAACGGCGCUAGUUGGGAGCACGUAAGACCACUGAGACGCGGAUUAAAGUAGUCAAGGCGAGAAAGGACAGUGGAAUGGACCAACACCUUAGUCGCAUCUGGCGUUAAGUAGGGGCGGAUGCGCGCAAUGUUUUUGAGAUGGAAAUGACAGGAUUUGGCGAUAGAUUGAGCAUGAGGCUUGAAGGAGAGGUCAGAGUCAAAGAGAACACCUAGGCAGCGAGCCUGCGUGGUGGAGCUGAUGGUAGCACCGUUGACUUGGAGGGAGACAAACACAGGAGUAACAACACUUGAGGGAGGAAAGACCAGAAUUUCAGUUUUGGUCAAAUUUAGUUUAAAGAAGUGGGCAGCCAUCCAGUUAGAAACAGCAGAGAGGCAGUCAGAGACACUAGUCAAGAGGGACGGGGAGAGAUCAGGAGAGGACAGGUAGAUUUGCGUGUCAUCUGCAUAGAAAUGAUAUUGGAAGCCAAAGGAGCUAAUGAGUUUACCAAGGGAGGCAGUAUAGAUGGAGAACAGUAGGGGACCAAGGACUGAACCUUGGGGACACCAACAGAGAGGAGUUGGGGAGAAGAAGCAGAGCCAGAGAAAGAAACACUGAAAGAGCGCUGGGAGAGGUAGGAGGAGCACCAGGAGAGAGCAGUAUCUUGUAGACCGAUAUUGCGGAGGAUGAGAAGAAGCUGCUGAUGAUCAACAGUGUCAAAAGCCGCAGACAGGUCAAGGAGAAUUAGAAUAGAGUAGUGACCACGAGAUUUUGCAGCAAGUAGAUCAUUGAAUACUUUGGUCAGUGCCGUUUCCACACUUCCUUCUCCAAAUUCAGUGGACGGGAUGGACUCGCCCUGCCCACGCCACGAUAUGCUCAAAGUUCCAUACAGAAAGAUCAGAUUAGAUAAGUAUUCAUCUGUGCAUUUGCUUUUACAGUGUAUAGAUGUUACAAAGCAGAAGAGAGGAACUAGUAGUAGAAAACAGAAGUUGAUGGUGGUGUGUUGCUCUUGUAAAAAUUUACCUGGCAGUACUAUAAAAAUGUAGACUUUAAUUAAUAUAACAAUUAAAAUUUUAAGAGCGCAAUGCCUGUAUGAAUUCUGCAAAUAUUAAUAUAUCCGUAUAUUAUUGGUAGGGGUGGGGACAGCAAAUCCUCAAAAGUCUGUGGAACGAAAAUGAACCUGGUAAAAAUUCCAACGAUUACCUCUAGGCUCAAUAAUAUCCUCAGAAUUGUAUUAGAAGAUCAGGUAAAUAUCCAGGUGUAAUAGGGUUAAUUAACCACACCAUCAUUUGUCUCCCUAGAACUGGUUCCGAGUUUCUUCAGUCUCUUCAACCCCCAAAAGAAAAGCAACGUUGAAUUUUCCUGCCACCGAGUCUGAAGCAGUAACAAUGGGCAAAAAUCUAAAGAGGAGACCCCCUGCAGCCAUCACAGCCCCCCUAACUAAAGAGCUACCCCUUGUAAUAAAAACUAACCCCAUGAAACUAACGAGUAAACCUGCUGGACAUGCUCAUAGCUUGAGUUUCAAGGGAACAUCGAGGAAGGGGUUCCCAACCAGAGGACGAAAAUAACACAGCUGGCUGUGAUACCGAUUUUGUCCAGAACUUCAGAUCAGACAUCCAGGAGCCUACAAUACUUACAACCAACACAACACAUAUAUGUUUCAGUCAAAAGCUCCUGAGCAUCAGAUGCAGCUUUUGGACCAACUAUAACCUCUUACUUGGUCAAGUGGACAAUCAUCGAUCAUUAGGUCUGAGAAUUGAUUACUUUGAUGUAGACGGUCUCGUAUACAGUGAUCAGUGGACAUGUCUACUGUGGUAUGCUUUAUGUGACCUUAAAACAUGGGGGCAAAAGCAAUAGCCUAAAGUUUAAUGUGAGCACCUUAAACGUGAAAGAGACCUCAAGUAUAUAUGUUUCUACACAGUGAAUAGUUUGGUUACAGCAUAAACUGUGGGAGACCAGACAGGACAAUCCAUUUUUUUGUUAGUCUUCAUUACCCAGAAUUCUCUGCCAGUCAAUGACUGGUGGAGAAUUCUGGGAAAUGCAGGUCAAAAAACAGAGCACAAUGCAAUGGUUUAACAUCCUUCGUGUGAAUUAAUCCAGUCAAAAUGGCUCCUGUUGCCAAAGUCACUUUGGAUAAAAAUGUAUCUCCACGCAACUGAGUAUCGCACUUGCAAAACAGAGGAACUCCCAGAAAUACUGCUUGCUGCACACAUACGCACAUUCCUAGUAAAUAUACAUGCCUGGCUUUUAUCCAUUUUACUGUAUCAUGUCUCCCUUUGUUUACAACCACAGAAGCCUACACUCUAAUAUCUACACUUAAAAAUCAAACAAUUGUAUAAAAGACAUACAGAUCUUGCCUAAGAGACUCUGCUUUUCUCUAUAUCUGAAGUCAGCUGCUGAUUUAACCUCUGUUAUGCAGAGAUGGUGUACCUAUAAUUACCCACCCAUUCCUGUCCAAGUAAACGAGUAUGGCUGUCAUAUCUUACAGAUGAGCAUACUAACUUACAGUAACACAAUAACCUAUAGAUACAUGUCAGAUUGUAAGCUUUUGUGGCCAGAUAGUUUUACCUGCACAUUUUUAUAUUUCGGGGGAGGGAUGUUGAAGAAAUGUAGCAGUAAAUCGCCUUUCCUCUAAGCAUUUAUUUUGUAAGCAAAUCAGCACUGAAACUGUUAGUGAAAGAAUAUGUUUUCAACAGUCACACCCUGAAGUUACAAAAGUUAGCCAAUGCAAAAUGCAGGGUUAGGUUGUUCUGAAGGUCUUUCCUUGCUGCUCCAAGAUAGAACUGCUAAAAUAUGUUUUGUGGCAAUACUGACUAGAAGACUGCUGUGUUUCACAGCAGGUACAUGCACAGUAUCAAUACAUGAAUAUUUAUAAUGUAUAUUUGUUGCACAUUUGUUAGUUUUAUAAAGCAUACUGUCAAACCAUAUCAUAGAAAAUACUGUAUACAAUCUAAUAUCCCCAGGCUGUGGUACAUCGCAGCCUUCCACUUAAUAUGCAAACGUGCAAUUCUAUAAUAAAUGUUAUGGGGUCUUGGGGGGGAGGGGGUUGUUCUUUUUGAUCUAAUCAGAAUUUUGUGUUUGCAGUAAACAAGGGUAAAAGUGUGUAGCACACUGUUAAAAAAAAUCUACAGUUUAUUCCUAUCAAGUUAGCUGGUGAAAUAUGUGCUCCUAAAAUAUUAAAAUAAACCUAUUUACAGAAAACAAA